GUAGAAAGAUAAGAUCAAAAAAGGGGACACGAGAAUUUACAAGUCAUUCACUGACUCAAAAAUGUCAUGUAGUUCGUUCCAUACGGUGUACUUGUAAGACUUCAUAUUACGUGAAAGAAAUAUGAGAAGUCAAGACUGGCUGGUAGUCGAUUUUAGUGUGUAUAGCAAACACAGGCCGUAUAUCAUGUCGCGUGACAUUUUCUUUCAGAACAGAUGGCCAUGUGGUCAUAAUUGAUUACUAUUCUGUCGAUCCGAACAGCUCAAGUUUGUUUUGCUUCCUCUUUGCCUGUAACCAUCGUUUUUUGCACUCCUUGUAAGCACUGAAAUAGUCUUCGCACUUGCUGUGGUCGAAAUUAUUCUCAGUCAAGCACUUGUAAGAGGCCUCCAUAGCUUCGGAACAUGGAAAUCCAUCGAAAAAUCUGUGUGCGUUCGGGUCCAUUCCAGGGGUAUGGCCUUUUGGACGACUCAUCUUCUUCGUUGCAAAAAGAAGUAAUCUGUGAGUAUUUAUCAAGUUAAUUGCGGUAUUUGUUGAAAAAAACAUAUACAGCUCUUCGAAAAACAACACAAUUUUGUCAUUGAGAUUGCGUGACUAUAAACUACGUGACCAAUCUGCAAUAGAAAAGCGGAUUUCGAGCUAAAGUCAUGCGUUUUAGUACCCAAACUGGUUUCCCGCCAAAAAAUUAAAAUGUGGUAGUGUUCGCGAUUGUAUUCACGUUUUGAGUCGUAAACAGACAUUUCCUUUUCUUUCGAUGGCUGAUUGAAAAAAACCUUGGGUCACUGUUAAAAUCCUUCAAAGCAUGGUUCUUCUACAUAGUGGCAAGAGGAAGAAAGGAGAUGGGGAGCAAGGCGAUGAUAGCGAUUCACGCUCGCGAUCCAGGUAACAGGCGCCAUCUUGGAUUUGUUCGGCGAUAGUCAACUUUGUGUACUCUUCAAACCUUUGAAAAAAGACUUUCGAUUUCUCAAAAUGGAAAAAUGAAAGGAUCAAGAACAAUUAAAUUGAAAAUUUUUGUUUAUCUGUUACUUAACUUGUAGUAACUUUCUCGUAGGCCUGAUGAAGGCGCGUCAACGGAGGCCAGAUUGAAUAGGAUUCAAUCUAAUGACGCUCUUGACGUUAAGUACGGCUUUGAUCGCUACAAGGAGUCAGUGGAGAGGCUAGGAUGGUUGAUGAAUAUGCACCCAGUAAGUUAACUGUCGACCUUUGAAUUCUGCAUUUCAACGAAACAGACUUUACAAAUGUACAAAAAAACGUACAUCACAAUGGAGUUCAGGGACCUGUAUGUUUCUUUCUGCUGUAAUGAGAAGAUUGAUGCUGAUCAUCUUGAAACUUAAAUCUUUAAUUACAAUACCCCUAAAACAGCGUAACUAUACUAGGUGUGUUAAAAGGCCAAAGAGGAUAUCUACAAAAAGUUACUGUAGACUUACCAAGGUAUAUUUUUUUAUUUUCAGACAGAAAUUAUUGAUGAUGACAAGAAGAUGAUCAGUGCUGUUGACCUUUACUUUAUUCAGGAUGAUGGAGGGUGCUUUAGGGUAUGAUAACAACAAAUUGCAAUGUGAGAUCAGGUGCCAGUUCAUGGGAAGCCCAUAAAGGCUGGUUUUCACUAGCGACGGAGUCGGAGUCCUAAUUGGAAGUGUAGACUCCGUCGCUUACAUUCCACUUAUGAUCUAGUGAAAACCAGAUUGUUGGAGUUGGAAGCAGAAGAACCAAACCAAUCACAAAACGUGGGAACGUGCAUUGUGAUUGGUUUAUCCUUCCACUUCUGCUUCUGAUGCUGACGAUCUAGUUUUCACUAGAUCAUGUAAGCGAAGGAGUCGUAAGCGGAGUCGGAAGAAAUGGAAACGUUCUGAUUCUUCUGACUCCGAUUCUGUCGCGCUUAUGACUCCGCUUACGACUCCGAUUUUUGAUUUUCACUAGGUCAUAAGCGCUCUUACGACUCCGACUGCGACUCCAUCGCUAGUGAAAACCAGCCUUAGAUGCUAACCCAGGAUUAAACACCGCUAAUCACAUGAUAUAUUUUAUCCCACAAUUAGAUUCCGUUCCUGGAAGCAUGAUUAAUCCGAAUCUAGGAAUAAACUGCGUGUUAAAUUUAACCCACCUUGUGAGGUCAAUUAAAAUGUAAAUCAGGUAACAAGUUUGUCAAAACAAACAAAAUGGCGGACUAACCGUACCCUUUAUUGGUCCACAAAUAUCCGAAAGAAAGUUCCAACAGCAAGAAAUUGAUCUCCACCAAUUCACUGACUAAGAACUUUGCGGCAGAUUUAGUUUUGGCCAAGAGUCAGUAAAAUAAUAUUAUCUGGUAGAAAUCCUCAAAGAAAACCUUUCCAGCAACUGGGACCAUAGCCUUUUUUAUUUUGCUUGGCAAAUAAAACCCAUGUGAAAGAAGUUAAGAGCACUGCUAAAAGUCAGAUCAUUCAAAGGGUUAACAGUGAUAAUCAGAGUUCCAUUGCUGGCCACAUUUUUUUCCUCGUUGAGUUACACAGAGGGAUCCGCAUGGAGAGAUUUCAGAGAGGCAAAACCUAAGUUUUAUUAGAUUAAUAAAAUCAGGUUCAGUUUGGGAAAAUGUGAUCAUUAAUAGAGUAGUUUCUAUGGACUCCAUUUCAGUAUGUGUUCUCUUUUUAAUUUGUCCUCUAGGUGGCCUUACCUUACAAGCCUUAUUUUUACAUCCUUGCAAAGAAGGUAAGCUUCUCUCGGGUCUUUUGUAAUCACAUGGCAGUACUAGUGUUAUGCACCUGUCUGCGUCUAGCCACAGUUGGAAAGGGUAGGGGUACACGGGAAACUGUUAUCAAAGCUAUACUAACGUGCAUAGCAGGCACUUGCAAGUAAUUUGGAUACAAGAUAAAACAGGGCGUGUUCUUAGAGGUUUGUCACACAUUCCUGUCCCACAAAUGCCUGCUGAAACAAGCGGUGAAUUCCUUUUCCAUUGUUUGCAAAUAUCAGCUGGGGCUCAUGUGCAGAUUGUUGGAGAAGCAAUUGGCACUAUUGAAGUCAAAGUGUUGACAAGCCAAACAUGACGUACAAGCUCAAUAGAGUCGUAGGUCGUAUACAGUAUCUCAUAUUAUUUUGUUUUAGUCCUAUUCAUGACUGCAAUUUUCCUGAUUCCUAACACUGGGACUUGUUUUAUCAUGUUACAGGACACCGAUCGUGAAGUUGCAACUUUUUUGAACAGAAAGUUUGGUGGAUUGAUAGCAAGCAUUGAAACUGUAGCUAAAGAAGAUCUAGACUUGGUAAGGUUUACAUUUAGAGUAUUUAGGUUUGGUGAUUCAAUUUUAUCCUUGGAGGUUAGCACCCUGUAACAUCUGCAGAGUUCCUCAUAUCAUACAAAACCCAUUAUCUGUCCUUUAAACCCACCAACAAUAGAUGGGUGUGGGAAAGGUUCCUGGAGAAGUGGAAGGGGGCCGCAAGCGAUCUUAGAAGGUAACCAUGACAACCCUGAGAGCGGCACCCACCAGGCACCGUCACACUGAGAACCUCCGUGGAAAGAGGCGCAGAUACUUACCAAAACAGCAUCCAGAGAGGAGAAAGGGCUGGGGGUAAAAAACAACUAUAACUGCUGUACGCGCAAGAAAACAUGAGCAAAAUGAUUGACUUCUGCGAAAGUGCUGUAAAAUCCCUAAGGGCCUGCUAAACCCCAAGACCGCCCCACAUACGAUUAGUGGUGGAGACCGCUGGUCAGUAUAGUCUCGCGUUUAGCCUUGCCUAAAUUACAUUUAGCCACAUAUAAAGCGCAAAUUUAUUUGAACAAAAUAAUGUAUUUACAAGAGAAAAGAGUUCAAUUCCCACAGGACUGACUUGGUACAACAAUAUGGCUGCUAUGAUUUCGUCUGAAAAUGCUCUAUGAAUUUUUAAUUGUUGGAUGUCUAGUAUUAUUGGAUUCUAGGAAUUGAUGGAAUUCUUCCAAAUAAUUUUGGUCAGCAUAGAUGCAUUGUGAAAAAAAGUAGAUAGGAAAUUUGAGAAAUGGAGAAACAUUUCAAAUGGAUGGAAAAGUUAAUAUUAUUUUUAUGGAACCAAAUUUUUCUUUGUUGUUUAAUGUGGUAUACUCUUUUUUGUAAUUUUUAGAACAACCACCUUGUGGGACUAAAGAGAGACUAUAUAAAACUGUCAUUUUUGACUGUGAAUGACUUGAUGAAAGUCAAGAGGUAUGUUUGAAAUGUAAUUCAUGUUAUUGUCCGUAAGGUAGAAUCUCGCUGUCAGGUCAAUGCAGUUUUUUCUAUCAAGAACAGUAAACUUAUGCAAUGUAACGGGAUGGGAGACAGAAGAAGAUGGAAGACCUUGCUUGACAAAGCAUGACAAUAAUUAUGUUUUUGGGACGUUUUUGGCCUUACCACAUCCAGGCCAAUCCAGUGCAGUAUACUCCACUGGGGGAUAGUUUGGGCUCAGGAACACUUUUGUCACAUGAGGAAUUUUAAUGUCAUACUGAUCACUUUUACUUCAACUUGGAGAGUUGUCUUUUCUUCAGGCUUAAAUUUAAUACAGCAUACGAAUCACGGCAUUAAUUUACAGUACCAUAGAAAUGUCAAAUUAAAUGUUUUUAAGGGAUUAAUGCUAGCUAGGAGACACUUUUGAUCCUGUUGUUUUAUCUUUUGCACAGUGACCUGGACUGUGCCUUGUGGAAUAUCAUUCUUUGCAUAAGCAAAUGUAGAAAUGAAUCAAUAAAAGUAAAAAGGUUGAAAAUUUCUUAUCUGCUAUGUUUUGUCAAGGGAAAUCAUGCCAGCUGUAAGAAAGAACAAGGAACAGGCCAAGACCAAUGCAGCGUACAACAUUGUAAUGGGCACUGAUAUGAACGAGGAAGAAAUGAUUGCCGCUAACAGAAGAAAUGCUGAUCAAAUGUCUAAUGUUAUUGACAUCAGGUAAUCAGGAUUUCUGAGUAUGACGAAAAUUUAAAAAAUCACCUUACUUACUCAAGUAAUUUUUAACCUACAAUAGGCGACAAAGUUGUUGAGACAUUGCACUCAAAUAGGGUAACUUCAGAGAACAAAAGAAUCCACACCCCUCCCCCUCCCCUCCAUUCAUUUUCCCCUUUUAAAAAAAAGCCCCAUUUUGGCGAAGUGUCUCAACUGAUUUUGUCGUUGUAGGUUGGUUACAAGUUUCCUUGGUCUCCUAGCCCUAAUAUUAUUAUUCAUGAAGGAAAUUGAGAAUCAGUGUAGGUUAAAAAAUUUACCUGAAUUUAAUUUUGACCUGUAAUAUAUAUAGCAGUAUGUUUGGUGAUCCAUUAAUGUCACAGGGUAACAAAGAAUAAAUUAUUAAAGUUUAAAUUAUCAUUUUUGUUUUUAGGGAAUAUGAUGUUCCGUACCAUGUGAGGGUAGCAAUUGACCUCAAAAUUUUUGUGGUGAGUUAAAUUUGCAGUUUUUGUCUUAGAACUUUAAAGCAAAAGAAGAAAAAUAAAGCUAAUAUUAAAAUGUUAAUUUCUUUCCUGUUUAAGGGUCACUGGUAUAAUGUGAAAGUGCGUGGUGGAAUUCAUGCUGAGCUCACACUAAGAGAUGACCUCUUGGACAGGCCAGUAAGUUUUGUCUUCUGUGUAGAAGAAUAAACUGACGUUCGUUUUGAAAUUUGUGGUGUUAUAUUUUCUGCUGACUUAUGGUUUAUGUAUGGUUAUCCUCUGGCUUUUGAAUGGCUUUACCUACAAAGUACUGUUUAAAAAAUGAGCAGGAGCACAUUAUCAGGUUUAAAAACGCUAGGUGAAGCCAAGAGUUUUUACGCCUGAUAAUACACGACUGUGACUUCUUUGAUUGGCUUUAAAAUCUCAGAUAUAGAUCAACUCAUUCUUGCACUAAUAAUAAUUUAGAUUUGGGGUUAUUUUGGUCUAAAAAACUGGAUGUAAAGUUUAGCCGUAUCUUUAUCAGAUAUAAAGACACUUGUUAAAUAUCAAUUUCUUUUGUUUUUUCUUUAUGAAUUAUUAAGUGCUGUUUCAUACGUAUGAAUGUAAACUAACAAUGUUUUUCUGUAUUUUUCUCUCAAGGAUCCUGUGGUAUUGGCAUUUGAUAUUGAGACGACAAAGUUGCCACUGAAGUUUCCCGAUUCUAGCACAGACUCCAUUAUGAUGAUUUCCUAUAUGAUUGAUGGCCAGGUAUGACCCUUCUUUCUUAAAAUGCAAUGACAAACUCUGUAUCUGUGAAGCCGUCAGGUUGUCCUUGUUCAGUAGCUGGACUGUCUCCUUACAGUUAUGCUAAACAUCCUGAGUCCCCUUGCCCCGCCCAGCUCCUUGUGGUACACCACAGAUAGCUUACCUAGUGCAAAGUCAAGAGAUGCUGUUGCAACAGUUAUGAUCAUGCACAUACUGGUGAACCAUUUCUAUAAAGAUGUAUGUCUUUAAUAAUUGAAGUUCAGGAAAAGCAAUCCACACAGGGCGGUGUGAAUGAACAUAGAUUUAGUGGCAUUUUAGAGUGAAUAAUUGUGUUGAGUGAUUUUUUUGAUUUGUAUUAACUGAUCAAGAUCUGCGUGUGCCAACAAAAGUUGGAGUGAUAAAGGGUCGCUAACAUUCAACGUAAGAAAUUAACAUUUUUUGCAGGGCUUUUUAAUCAUUAACAGAGAGAUAGUAUCAGAAGACAUUGAAGAUUUUGAGUACACUCCCAAACCUGAAUAUGAAGGACAAUUUACAGUAAUUAAUGAACCAGAUGAGGUACAAGUUUGCAAUCUUAUAUUAGUAGAAUAUAUAUAUUUUUUGAUUGGUUGGUUGGGGAUGGGGUUUUAGACAUGAGCAUUCCACGUAAAUUGCAGUGUUGGGAUACCAGGCUGCUCCCUGGUUUGACCCCCACUACACCCUCCCAAGCCCUAAUAAUGUUCCAGUUUCACUUCCUACUUGUCUUUCUUUUGCAAUAGAACUUCAGAGAUAGCGUGCAAAGAAAGUAGUGUCUGAUAGCCCGUGGGUAAUGGAUUUUGCCAUUGGGCUAGUGAAUUCUGUUUUUACUUUUCCUGAUGGGCAAGUGACGUCUUUUGAGGAAAUCGAAUAACAGAAGAACUGUGAAACCAGUUCUGCUAGUCGCGUAGUUUUUAAGGGUAGUUGAAAUGACGUCUGGGCGAGUAAAUGCUAGCUUCAGCUUGCCCGAAUGGCACGCUGUAAAAAUGAUUUUCUUUGCACCCUAACAGAGGAAAAAUAACUCUUUUAUUUUUCUCUUAGGCAAGCCUCUUACAGCGAUUCUUUGAGCACAUACUUGAAGUCAAACCAAAUAUCUUUGUAACUUAUAAUGGAGACUCCUUUGAUUGGUAGGUAUUGUGUGUACAGUGUACUGUUUGUCAAUUCCUCCAUCAACACAGCAACACAGCUUCUUUACAAACUCUCUCCCUCAUUCAUAUUUAGUCAAGGGUUACUUUCAACAUGAUUUAUUGAUGAAACUAAACUGUAAGAACAGCCAGGAAUGAAGAAUUCUACAAGGGUGUCAGCUUUCAUCCUAAUCUUGUACAUAGUCCCAUGUUAGUUGUCCAGUUUUUAGCAGUAGAUGUGACAACAUUUAAUAACUUUUUAUAGAAAUUAGAAAAUCCAUAUUUUGCAUUUUAAUUUUUCACUAUGUAUUUGAUUUAUGCAUGGAAAAUUUUCCUCAGUGGAUAUUUGAACUUGACAUGUUAAUUUGAUAUGAAUGUUCAGUUACUGUUUUUUGUUGCUUGUCAGGCCAUUUGUUGAAGCUCGUGCUGCCCAUCAUGGUGUUAGCAUGUACGAGGAAAUUGGUAGGUACAAAAUCAUCCAGCAAGGCUGUGCUCUGGCACUUCCUGGUGGCCUCUGGUAACUAACUUUUACCUUUGUUUGACAAGAAAAGCUUACAUGUAACUUUUCCUGCAAAAUUAAUCAGAAAUGUAACUUGUACAGCAAUGAUUGUUGACAUUAUUUGUAUGAUAACUAAUAUUGUGAUUGUCAGUGGCAUCUGCUGGUAAAAAACUGUCCCAGCUGCCUGUGUCACUGACUGAAAAAACAUCUUUAUCAGUAGUUUUUUUUUUGCCCAUCAAAGUUUAAAUAAAACAAAUGCUGGACACUGUUGUUAGUCCUGGAAUCUUGUGUUUUGAUUUAUUCAUUUGCCACUUUAGAAAAGAUAGGGAAAAGAUAGGGUUACUGGGACAAGGGAAAAAUAUUGGCCGAUAGCAGACUGGCGUGUCCUCAGUAAUGAUCCUAGAAGUCUUUCCGAAAGUUACUUGGCCAAGUUUUCUCUUCAUUUCUAAAGUGGCCAAUGAUAUCUGCCAAUCCUUACAUGUAUGACUCCCAAGUAAACUAAAUGAUUAUUAUUCAACUUUUAGGGUUCGUUGCUGAUGCACAAGGAGAGUACAAAAGCAGGCCUGCUAUACACAUGGAUGCUUUCAGGUCACUUUGCUAUAUUAUUAUUAUUAUUAUUUUGUUUCUUCAAUAUUUUUGUGAGGUGCUCAUUGCCAAUACCUGCUUUUUAACAGUUUUCUAUCAUAUUGUUUCCUUAGAUGGGUGAAAAGAGACAGCUACCUCCCUGUUGGAAGUCAAAACCUGAAGGCUACCACUAAAGUAGGCAACUAUCGCUAUUUUGUCAGGGCUGUCAUUAAGAGCUGGCGGCCUGGGAUUUCCCGCGGCUACUAUGAAUGUGACCCCUUGCUACUUUCAUUGGAAAAUAGAAGAAAAAAAAGGACCAAAAGAAAUCCUUAGCUGUUUGAUUCCCCAUCUACUUGUUAUAUUUACCUGGGAACUUGAAAUCUUAGUGACAAGAACCCUGUUUGUAGUAUUGCAUUGAUUGGGAAUUUACCAGUAAACAUUGCGUUGAGAAUGUUAUGAUCUCAAUGAUUUGUUGCAUGUGACCAUUCUUGUUCCCACAGCUGCCAUCAUUGUGGUUAGGGGCAUAAUGAUGGGCUGGCGUACCGAAAAUGGAAGCCCUUGGACAUCUGGGCACCCACCUCCGCUAGCGAUGCAGUUGUUAAAGGAUGAUGUAUCUCAGCUAAAUUGUGUAUAGUUAGCUUAUCUCAGUCUGUUGUUUCCUAGGCAAAACUUCGCUAUGAUCCGAUCGAGUUAGACCCUGAAGAAAUGUGUCGCAUGGCAAGUGAACAACCCCAGGUGAGCACAGAUCUCUCUCCCUUUUGACUAGGUGGUAUGACUAGAAAGCCUUCAAUUGUGGGAGCUUGUCACUACACCACAUGUACAUAUGACUCUGGUACCAUACAGUUAGCCCCAGACCUUGUGGACACACCAAGGUCCACAAGGUGGGGGUUUGUGGAUAUAAGAGUCUGUAAUGGCAGGGUUUUUUUGGUCAUACAUGUCUGUAAUUUAUUUUUGCUGGGGAUUAAGCUGCUCUCUGUGUUUAUUGGGUGACAUUUAUAGGAAGGUGUCCGCAUGACAUGGGUUGUCAGUAUUGAGUCGUUGGUCGGAGUUAAGAAAGUCCCAUGUGAAAAAUUUUAAGAUCAUUUCAGGAGGCCUUCAAUGAAAUCAUAUCCUCUAGAGACGGACGUAUUUUAUGUUUUUUGCAUUAUUCCAGGAACUAGCCAAUUACUCAGUAUCUGAUGCUGUAGCCACUUAUUACCUGUACAUGAAGUAUGUCCAUCCGUUUAUCUUUGCACUCUGUACCAUCAUCCCCAUGGAACCAGAUGAGGUAUGUCACCAAUAAUAAUUUCUAUGUAUAAAUGGCCAUUUUUAUGCUGGAGAUGUUGAGAUGACUUUAAUUUCUAGAAUAAAAAUGGGAAAAAAGACAUGUAUUUAACGUCUGAUGACAUUAACAGAUGAAUUAAAUGUCUCAGAUGUAAAAUGUGUCUAGUAUAAAAACAGGACACCUUAAACUGAGAUGCUUUCAUGCCUAACUUGUCUAGAGAGGACUGGGAAGAGCCAGAGUUGUGUAUUUUUUACAGAAAACUCUGUGUUUUACAAUGGUAAUCAUCCCAUUUUUAUACCAGACCACUUUAGUGUCUCCUCAGACGUUAAAUGCAUCUAGAUGACUUUAACCCAUUCACCCCUGAGCUGCCUGUAACCGCCCAUGAGCUUUAUGUCUCAGCUUUAAGCACGGUAAAGAUAAAAGAGGACAUGUUAUUGGCCAAAUAAGUUUCUCUCUGAUUGUCAGUUUACCGGGAACAUUAAGCUUUUUUAUUAAUCAAUCAUCAUAAACAUUUUGAUCAUUGUAUUUACAGUUGUGUAAGAGAUGUAAUGUUGAUGAUGAAAGGUCUUUUGCCUGAUGCCAUCACCUGUAUGUCAUUGGCAUAUUGUUUCGUUGUGCUGAAAGUGAGGAAUUACAACUUAUUGCAGGUUCUUAGAAAAGGCUCAGGAACACUCUGUGAAGCUCUACUAAUGGUACAGGCCUUUCAUGCAAACAUUAUAUACCCAAAUAAACAAGAACAGGUACAGAAGUACUUUAGUUAUGUUGAUUUAUUCAUUAUUUAUUUUGCAUGUUUGAUAACUGUUGUGGAGAAUUUGACAUGUAAACGUACUCAUAACAACCUUUAUUAUUUUUUAUCUAUUAUUAUUAUUAUUAUUAUUAAUUAAUUGUUAUUAUUAUUAUUAUUGUUAUUUAAUACUGUAUUUCAAUAAUAUAUUACUUCCUAAUGGUUCAUUUCAUAGCUAAAAUUUGUUCUCAGAUUAAGCUUGUAUUUAUCAUUGAUUGAUUCGGAGUAUCCUUAGUUUGUUUCCCAGCCCUGAUUAUUCAUGGGGUACAAACAAAAUUCCAGUUUCACCCAAGAACAGAUUUCAUCCGCAAUAUGUACAAACCUUUUGUGAAGGCAUUUGUGGCUGAACAGUUUUUACCUCGAACUCUGGAUCUGGAGGUCUGAGGCUCAAGCCUCACUGUUGCGUUGUUUCCUUAGACAAGGAACGUUACUUCACAUUGUCUCUCUUCACCCAGGUGUAUAAAUCGGUACUGGCGACAUACCGCUGGGUGUAACCCUGCAAUGGACUAGCAUUCUGUCUAGGGGGGAGUAGCAAUACUCAGGCAUGCUUCAUACUAAGGAAACCCCACCUUUACCUAUGUAAAUCGUAGUUCUGCCAGUCUAAACCAAUAGUAUACAUCACACAUUUUUAUAGGUUUUCAACAAACUGACCAAUGAUGGUCAUGUCCUUGACUCGGAGACGUAUGUUGGAGGCCAUGUCGAAGCACUGGAAUCUGGUGUCUUCAGAAGUGACAUUCCUUGUCGAUUCAGAUUGGUAAUUACAACAUUCUUAGUACUCCUAUUGUGAUUAUUUUACGGUACAGGUAAAUUCUGGUCUCGAUGAGUGUUUUCAAAAUCUACUUAAAUUUAAAGUCAGUGUACCUGUUGAAUAGAACAUAGUGUGGUGAAUCUUGGGGAGGGGUUACUUCCUUAUUAUAUAGGAUACAUAGGUAUGUGCCGCUGUUAAGGGGAAGGUUUUCAAGCAGUUUAGUCUGGGGUGAAAGGGUUAUUGUGUUGUCAUCAUUAGUCUAUCCUUACUUUAAACUUGACAUUAAACAAGAUGAAAUACGAAAAGCCUUGUUAAUCAAGCAAGAAACUAGAUUAAUCGAAUGACUUCGCUCCUUUUUGCUAAUUCCUAGUAUUUUGGAGCAAUUCUCAUAGGGGGCGUCUAUUAGACAGGGGGCAGUUAUUAGAGAGGGGCGUUUAAUUCAAUUUUAACAGCGUAGAGGGGGCGUUUACAAGAUAAGAGGCAUUUAUUUGGAAGUGGGUGUUUAUUAGGUCAUUUACGGUGUAGGCUAUGGGUUCCGAGGUCCCACUGGCACAUCCCUACCCAAACAUUCCAAAAGUUUUGUAUGUGUAGUAAUAGUAGAGUAAUAAAUUAUUAUUUAAGAACACUAUCACUCUUAAUAAUAACUAAAAUAAAUUAAUUAUAUGGUUUUUGUUGAAGGUUCCUGAUGCAUUUCAGAAACUGAUCAACAGUGUUGAAAGUACCAUGCGACAUGCGAUUGUAGAAGAAGAGCAUAUUCCCUUUGACACUGUUACAAAUUUUGAUGAGGUAAUGAAUUUACCCCUUAAAAACAAACAGAGGUUUCUUUAAUCUCAUGUUCUCCUAUGUAGUGGAUGAGGGCUGGGAGAAGGACAGGAAGGUAAAAUUAAGCCUUUAGACAGUGGAUUUGUCGGGAUUGGUUCUAAGGGAAGGUAUUUUGCCUCAGUGUUUUAAGUGUUUUUGCCUCAGUGAAGGUGUGGGGAAGGGGGGAGGGGUUGGGCGGUUUGAUGUAGUGCUUCACUAAAGCUAAGAAAGGGAGUGGUAUUGGUUGUCCCAUUUUACCUAGUAAAGGUAAAUAUAGGGAAAUACAGUUGACUCCCGAAAAUUCGAACCUUCAAGGGAAGUAGGAAAAAGUUCGAGUUACUGGGAGUUCAAGUUAUCUAGGAUUAAAUUUUUUUACUAUUUCGCCGUUUGCACAUCUCCCAUAAAUAUACACGUACCCUGUUUGCUGCAACCCCCCUUCAAUUUUACAUAACCCUUGUUUUUCAUUUCCUCUUGGUAUUACGGUGCAUCCUAAGGGAAAUUAAAGAAUAUGCUCAUUCAAAAUUUUUGGAGGACAAACAAGGUGUACUAUGAGGAUGUGCAAAUGGAAAAUUUGGCUCCUCUUUCUUGCCUGAUAUAGAAGAAACCUUUCACUAAAAUUAUUCUUCUGUCACUUGCUAGGUGUGUGCUGAAAUCAAAGAGAAACUUGGUAAUUUGCGUGAUACACCUGCAAGGCUGGAGAACCCUUUGAUUUACCAUCUUGAUGUUGGUGCCAUGUACCCCAAUAUCAUCCUCACCAACAGACUUCAAGUAAUUUGCUCUGUUGAGAUAAUUAUAGAAACAAACAGAUAGGCCAUCACUAUCAAUGCUCAUUAUUUUCUUUGCAUAUCAAAUGCCUCAUUGUACAACUACAAAAAAAGUAUCAAAUGUUAUAGGCCCAUUUGCAUAUCCAUUGACUUUGCCGGGAAGUGUAACUUAAAGUUGGGAAAGUUACUAAGUUCAAAGGUGAUGUACAUUAAAAGUUGCUCCACAAGAUUGCAAAAUUUUACAGACGUUUGUUGUAUGGUGGGGGUUUGGGGAGCAAACGUCUAGGCUAUGCUCUAGCAGAACCCAGGGACCCCUUUCUAGUCCCGCUUUGUUCUUGGGGGACUAGAAAAUCUUAGUUUUUUUUCAUACAAAUCGUGCUGGGCACCCUAGAUUUUACAGGUUCAGAGCACUGGCCUCCUUUCAAUUUUUCUUAGAGUAAUUUUUAAGUUGUUCUUUUUAGCUGAGUUGAUGGAUUUUUGCAAACUGAUCCCAAUAAAAAGUUGAAAAAAUGGUGGAAGGAUCUAUUGAGUGGUAAUGUUAACCCUUUAAGCCCUGAGAGUGAUCAGCAUCAAAUUUCUCCUUGUAAUAUCAAUGCUUUGCAAAACAAAAUGGUCAUGAGAAUUAUGGACAUGAUCACACAAGAUGAAUUUGCUUGAUAUUCUAUCAAUUUCUUCCCACUACUUCUGCAGGAAACGAAUAGGGGCAACAAAUGAGAAUUCAAAUUUUGAUCUUAGGUUUUAAAGGGUUGAAGGAAUGGGCUAAUAGUUGUCGAUCACUGAUUGCCUACUGGUUUAUUUCAGCCAUCUGCAAUGGUAGAUGAAGUGACCUGUGCUGCAUGUGACUUCAACAAACCAGGAGCAAAAUGUCAGAGAGUCAUGAACUGGACAUGGAGGGGGGAAUUUAGUAAGUUCUUCAGGUGCCAUUUUUUUACAAUCUUUUUUUCUUCCCUUCCAGGGCACUGUCACAUAAUGAUAUCAGUACAACUUGCUGUAACGGUUCAGGUUUUCAAGCCUGUUCUCUGGAAGCUCCCUGCAACUUGAGGAGUGAAAAUUGCCUCCUAGUUAUUGAUGGCUACUCACAGAAUAUUGAGUGUUUUGAGGAGGAUGAUAUUAGUCAAAUGUCUCUGUUUGUCAGCACUUUCUUUCUUCAGCCACUCAGAAAUCUUUGGCUAUAAAAAUUAAUAUAGUCAGUGUACUAGGUUAGGGUAGUGAUAUUUUGGUGCCUAUAUUCCAGAAUAACAUCGGAAAAUUAAUGCUUGGGAAUACGAUCUGGCAAUGAUAACAGUUUCAGGGUUCCAAUGGCAUAAACUUACCCUUUCCUUAAAAGUUUCUUUCCUUCGCACUUAGUUCUCUCUUCCAGUUUUCCUUUUUCUUCAUAUAAUUAUACAUUAAAGACAUGGAUUUGGAUUGUGCUGUUUUUUUUUUUCUUAGUGCCAGCAAGCCGCAAUGAAUACCAAACCAUCAAACAGCAGUUAGAGGUUGAAAAGAUUCCUGGUUUGAACCCAGGGGACCCCCAUCGGUCAUUUCAUUCAUUAUCUCUUGCUGAACAAGCUCAAAUGGAGAAGAAAAGGCUUCAAGGUUAAGCAUUUACUAUAUAAUAAUGAUAAUAAUAAUAGUAAUAACUUAAGUCUGCAUUUUACACUGCCCUGUAAGUCUUUAUGUGCAGUUGAAAUCUCAGUGCUGGGGUUGGGGGAUUCCCCUGGCUACCAUGAAGGUGACCCCCAGCUACUUUCAUUACAAAAAUGGAAGAAAAAUAGAACCCCCAAAAAUCCCUGGUUGUUGGCUUUCCUGCCUACUUGUUGUAUGUACCUGAAAUCUUAGUGCAUGACAGCCCUGAAUUGUAGUUUUUUUUUCUCCAAACUAUCUAAAAUUAGAAAAGAAACAUAAUUGCUAGUACAGAACACUUUAGAAGACCAGAGAACUUUCAUAUCAUGAUAUGUUUACUGCUUGUAAUUCAACAGACUAUUGCCACAAAGCUUACAAGAAAGUGCGCAUGAGCAGGCAAGAAAUUCGUAACACCAUGAUUUGUCAGAGAGAGAAUUCGUUCUAUGUUGACACUGUGCGAGCAUUCCGUGAUAGGAGAUAUGAAUUCAAAGGAUUACUUAAGGUUAUGCAUUAUUCUACUUUGUUUUAACCAUGUUAUAUUGAAACCCCUCACCCCAACACUAUGUGAGAAAAAAAAAUUCAGUGUUCUGCUCUCAGCUCCCAAAGUUGAAAUCUCUGUUUAUGGUUCCUGAACUUGUCUAUGCCAUGCUCCAGCCCUUGACUACAGCUAGACUACACUGAACUGAAGGCUAGGGCAGUCAGAAAGCACACUUUAAAAAUUUGGACCACAAGCAUAUAAUCAAAUGAUGGCUAAUGCCCAUUUCAGAAAAUUGUCUUUGGUAGAGACGGUUAAUCUAGCUACAGGACAGUGGUGUAGUCUAUUGCUAACCAGCGAGACAGUUUGCUUUAACAACUGAUGUAUAUUAAUUUUGUAAUAAUAUUACAACACAGCUGAUUUUUUCUUGUUUUUGUAUUAAGGUAUGGAAACGUAAACUUGGAGCAGCCAUGCAGAGUGGUGAUGCUGAGGAAAUUAAAAGGUAAGCCUAAAUGAAGCAACAACUGUUGUAUUAGUGAGCCUUAUUAUACCUGCAGUGAAACUUCUCUUCAGGCCACACCCAUGAUGAGCUCAGGCUGUCUGCAUUAGAGACAGAAUAGCGAAAAAUCAGCCUCAGAAGCUGGUAACCUAUUCUCCCCAUAAGACAAAUCAAAUAGUUUAAAUGUGUACUGUACAAAAUUAUCAUUAAAGUAGUAGAAAAUAAGGCCAUUGUAUACUGGUAAUCCAUUUCUGAAUUUUGAUUGGGCUAUUAGCCUUGUUAGAUGAGCUGUUAUUAAGAUAAUUGUCAUUAUUUUAUUCUAGCUGUAAAAGCAAGGAAGUCUUGUAUGACUCUCUUCAGCUUGCACACAAGUGUAUUUUGAACUCAUUCUAUGGUUACGUCAUGAGGAAAGGGUAAGUGGUGUUUGCAGGUAACUUACUAAUCACUAGCAUUCAGCAUAAUAUUCUAUUUAGCUAUGAACGCUGUAACAGAUUAGGAUUGGCUCAUUUGUUCUCAUCCAUAAUAUCAUUAAGGGUUUUGAAUUCUCAAUUUAAUAAUACAGCUGUCAUCUUUCAGGGUUGUCACUAAGAUUUCUAGUUGCUGGGUAAAUACAACAAGUAGGCAGGGAAUCAAACAGCUAUAUAGGGAUUUCUUUUGCUUCUAUUUUUCUUCUAUUUUCCUAUGAAAGUAACCGGGGGCCACGUUCUUAGUAGCCAGAGGAAUUCCUCGGCCCCCGCCUCUUAAUGACAACCCUGAUCUUUAUUUGAUGUUUGUGAAUUGAGCCCUAUUUCACUUCCACUUCACUCUGUGUUAAGAUGCAUUAGUUUUCAAAAAUAGAUUUAAGUCAUCUCAAAUGUUUUUCUCUUGUGGCUGUUGAUAAUUCUCAUAUAAUUCAAUUAUAUAUAUAUUUUUAAUUUAAUUCUUUUAUAUACUUCCCUUUUUUGAUUUAUAAGAACAAAUUAAUAUUUUGGACAGUGAAUCUUACUUCUUGAACUCCUUGUUUUCAGUGCACGAUGGUAUUCUAUGGAAAUGGCUGGUAUUGUCUGUCACACAGGAGCAAACAUAAUCAGACAAGCCAGGGAAAUAGUUGAGCAGAUUGGGCAAGUUGUUUGUGUUACAAACUUUCUGUCAAUAAUUCAUGUAACAUCAUAGAAAAAUAAGGAAGUUAUUAUAUAGAGGAUAUUACACGGUGGCGCGAAGAUAUGAGUUUUAUUUUCGAGUGGCAAAACAAUAUAAUUUUUAUGAACGAGUGCAGCAAGUGAGUAACAUAUUGUUUUUGCCAAGAGAAAAUAAAAUUCAUAUCUUCAAGCCGCCUUGUAAUGUUCUUUUUAUUACAUAGACAGAAUGACAUCAUUACAUAGAGCAAAAUUACCAAAAUUAUGUCAUCGAUAAACUCACAUGCGAGAUUAUCGAAAAUAAACCACUCGCGUCCCGGAUGUAGUUUUUAUGAAUUUUAUAAGUGGUAUAUUUUCCAGUAAAACACUUGUGUCUAUAUAAUAAAACAAUUUAAGAUAUAAUAGUGAUUUUGUAAGAAAUAGUUAUAGUAUGUCCUAGGACUCAUCUUGUGAAAAGGCCCGGUGCAGAACCUAUGAGUCCCAGUUAAAAAUGCAUCCUUUUAUUGAAAAUGACCUGGCCUUUAUGUAACCAGACAGUUAAUCUGAAGACAGAGACUCCAAACCUCUUUAUUACAGUUUACUGGAAUUAAAAUGUAGUCCUUCUAACAACAACAAAAACUACCAGAAUAAGUAUGCAUCGUUAAGCAACUAGCUUGAUUAAUCAAAAAUCACAUGUUGGCUGAAACCUUUUCAUAGCCCUUUUUUUCAAUUAUUGCUUUGAAACUUCUCUCUGUCCUCCUUCCUCUUAAUUUCAAGCUGUUAAGAUCAGGGCUGUCACAUGGUUUCAAAAGAUUUUAAGUAGGUGGCAAAAGCUUUGGGGUAGUUGGAGAAGGAAAAAACUCGUGGCAAAGGCAUGAGUUUCUGGAAAAAUUUUAAAACCUGGGUCUCUUAGAAUGCAUAUCCAGCAUUCUGUAGUAAAAAUAAGAGUGUUUUGAACAGAACACAAACACCAUAAAAUUUGGGCUUUUUUAUUCAGUGACAGCACAUGAAUACAUUAUAUAAACACGGGUUAAUUUCCAAAGGAAGGUAGGCAAUGAGUUCACCUAGAAUAGCUGGCAAAUUUAGCCGGCCACCUGCUCUUAUUGAAAACCCUGUGUCGUUAAGCUGUAAAGCAGCCAUAGCAAAUGAAGAUUCAUCUGCUGUAGGUAUACAUUCAACUGUUCCUUGCUACUGACUGAUGUUGAAUGCUCGUUUUUUAUCACAGACGUCCUUUGGAAUUAGACACUGAUGGUAUCUGGUGCGUUCUGCCAGCAAGCUUCCCCGAGAAUUUCCAGGUACAUCUAAGAAAAAUGUGGGCGUGGAAAAAAACUGCAAAAAUGCAUUUAAAUGCAAUUUAAAGGAAUUAACAACUAAGAAACCCUACAGUGCUAGUGGUCCAUGGUCUGUCACUAUGCAUUUGCCCAGUAGUUCACUACAUCUUUCAUGUGAUUCAAUGGCAUGUAGAGUUUCCUUUGUGUAGCAUUUUCCUGUUAUAAAGUUUUCUUUGAGCUUGUUUCUCCGCCCAAGCUUCUCUCCCCAUUCUUUCUUCACUGAUAUUAUUUUUCAAUAUGAUGGGUGCCUGUUUCACUUCCUCUUUUUGUGAGAUCUCAUGGCUGGGUUGUUCUAUUGUGGCAGCCAUGUUGGUGUUACUCAGUCUAGGGGCUGGCUGCCAUAAGGGGAAGCUCCUGGAUACCCCAGGCACCCAACCUUCUACUGGCAAUGCUGUUGUUAAAUGUAAUAAUUAUUUAAAUGUAUUCGAAUUUACUUUCAUUCACAGAUCACGACAACCAAUCCCAAGAAAAGUAAAGUGGCAAUCUCAUAUCCUGGAGCAAUGUUGAACAUCAUGGUUAAGGUUUGUGAAGGGAAUUUUGAAGGAUAAUCUUUAUUGUUAUCAUCAAGGGUCACUUAGCACUUUUUUCCAUGCACCAAUCUUCAAUUGUUUAUAUAGCUUUGUAUGCACCAGAUUAAAUAGAUGAUUCGAAGUGACAAGUUGGGUUUUCAGGAGAGGGGAAAAGCAGAGUAUCUUGGAACAAAAUUGCUUGGCAUAAGAGAGAAAACCAACGACAAACUCAACCCACACAUUCAUCUCGUCUGGACUACAAACCUACAGCCCUUGGUAGGAGACAAGUGGCUAGCCCUACUUCCCCAAAAUAUGGAAAAACUUGCUUGAUAAUAAAUGAUCACUAUCUCUCAAGAAACUUUGGGCCUUGUAGAAUGUAAUUAACUGUUAGAUAAUGUUGUGAAGAUCUGUAACCUUUUUUCCCUUUACAGAACAGCUACACAAAUGAUCAGUACCAUGAACUUACAGAUUCAGAAAAUCUGACAUAUGAAAUUAGGAGUGAGAAUUCCAUAUUUUUGAGAAUUUUCAUAUUUUUGAGUAGUUUUUUUUUUAUACUUUUUUUUUAAUUAUGAUGUGCUUGGCUUCACCAUUGUCCAAUUUUUGCCAGCUGUUUUGACAAAACUGAAUGAUGAGUUUGUCAAUUUGUGAAAAUGUAUGAUGUGCAUUAUUCUUCCAGCUUCAAAGGAAGAAGGAAAGAAAUUGAAGAAAAGGUAUGAACCUUGAUAGUUUUCAAUAUCCUUUAGAACCUGUGUAUAAAUUAUGGUAAAUCAUAGUAAUUCAGGGUUCGCAUGAUGAAUUAAGAAAAUUGUUCAAUGAUUUGGGUGAAAAUUCUUUGUAGGUUGAUGGCCCUUUUCGGUAAAAACACAAUUUUCGAUUCUUCCAAUUGCUUCAAAAAUCGAAGAAAGAAUUAUACUGCAGAAAUUGAAGAAAAGUUUGAACCGCCAUCAUGGAUUUGAGUUUUCAAUAUUAUCCAUCAGAUAGCGGUGUAUAAAAGUUAAAAUAAAUCUUUCCUAAAUGACUAAAAUUUAUCCUUCUCAUAAAAUUUGCAAACCCUGGUAAUUUAUCCUUCUCAUAAAGUUGAAGAAUUUUACUGAGGUUUGGUGGAGGAAAUGGUUGAACAUAAGCAUAUUACAUUUUCCAAAUGUUUCUCAUCCCAUCUGUUGUGGAGAGUUUCAAUCAGUAGAGGUUUUAUAAGAGGAAGAAAAAGCAACCUCCUACAUUUCACAGUAAAACUGUAGAAUAUCUCCAAGUAUAGCUCAGUAACUCUAUGGAUCUGAUGGAAGUUCUUUUUGUUUCAUGAGUCACACCAUAAAAAUGAUGUGUUCCAACUGCCACAUGCUUUUUGCUUGUUGUUUACCUUUUACUUCUUGGCCAAGUUAUGGCGAGAUGAUUUUUCAAUCUAACUUUUGAAUCUGUGGAUAAACUCCUCUGGUAUUACCAUUUGAACGACACUUCUUUGGCAGAAGUUUGGAUUCUGCAUAAAGAAACUCAAAACUUUUUUUGAUAAUCUUAGGAUUGGAAGGGGGAUUAUUAUGAAUGACGAUAAUGGUAAAGAUGUAGUUUUUGUCCUUCAGGUAUGCUGUGUUCAAUGACGAUGGAUCUCUUGCUGAGUUAAAGGGUUUUGAAGUCAAGCGCCGUGGUGAGCUCCAGUUAGUGAAGAUUUUCCAGUCAUCAGUGUUUGAAGCGUUUCUUCAUGGUUCAACCCUGGAAGAAGUUUAUGCAGCAGUUGCUAGAGUAGCAAAUUACUGGUUGGAUGUACUUUAUAGCAAGGUUAGAGAACUCUGCACUGUAGCGAAGGGCUUCCUUUAGGAGUUGCUGCCAUUGUGCAGGUUGAAAUGUCCUCAAUGCACCCUAAGACCUUUUUUUCUUGGAAGGACGUCUGGCUGAGUCAACUGUUUCAGUCUCACAAAACAAAAAUGUGGCUGGACUCAAGCAAGGAUGCACUACAUGGGUUCCAAAUUGCUUAUUACAUUCAACUCUCAUAACAGACUCCUCUGUAAGUCUGACACCUUGAAUUGAACACUCAUAUAGAGUUGCAUGGUUGUGACUCUCUUUGAAGCCGACACCUCUACAUCCCCCUCUCCAUGGUAGUUUCUUAGUCCCAGGGUCUGUAAAAGAGGGUUUGUUGUAUUCACUCCGUAGAUUAACCUUUCUUUUCCUGUUUCAGGCAACAAACAUGCCAGACAGUGAACUCUUUGAAUUGAUCUGUGAGAACCGAAGCAUGUCUAGAAAGCUGGAGGAAUAUGAAGGACAGAAGUCAACGUCAAUUAGUACUGCAAAGAGGUUGGCUGAAUUUCUUGGCGAUCAAAUGGUCAAAGACAAGGGCCUAAGCUGUCGGUUUAUCAUAUCUCGCAAACCGGAAGGAUCACCAGUCACUGAGAGAGCAAUUCCAUUGGCAAUUUUCCAGACAGAAGACAGUGUUAAGAGGCAUUAUUUACGACGAUGGCUCAAGGAUGCAUCCCUGAGUACUUUUGACAUAAGAGAUAUCCUGGAUUGGCAGUACUACAUUGAAAGACUGAACAGUUGUAUUCAGAAGAUCAUCACCAUUCCUGCUGCACUGCAAGGGGUAUGAAUCAGGGUUCUAACUAGGAUUUAUUGUUUGGGGUAGAAGUCCCGAAUGGGCAUUAAGGCCACGAGCUUCGUAGUAGGAUCCGGGGGCAUGAAAUUUCGCCUAAUAAAGCACCAAAGGUUGUUAAGUUUUUGCACUGGUAACCAUAUCCAAAAAAAUGAGUUGGCAAGUUGGCAACAAGAUUCUUCAUCACAACUUGAAGACCAAUUUGAUUUUUAAAAAGAUGUUAAGAUAAAUUUGAAGCAAAAUUGGGUUUCCAAACAUCCUUGAGUGUGUCACAUAUUGCACUAGAAAAUCUGGCUCUAUAGUUGUGAUCUUUGACUUUAAUAAGGAGGUAUAUUGUAUGGUCUCAUGUAGUGUCUCUUUGAUAGAGACUGGGUGAUUUUAAUACAUACUAUCUGCUACAAUAGAUUCAUUUUCAUUUUGUAGUUAAAAAAACCUGACAGCUAAAUUUUUGGAAUUAGCCACCAAUUAGAAACAGUAAGGAGCCAAGAGGUUCUUGGGUGAAAGAGUUACCAGUAGGGUUGUAAUACUGAGAUUUAAUAGAAGUGAUUGGUUGUAAGGCAUGGUACCACUGUCCUGUAUUUUUUCACUGUAAGUUUCUGGUUUUCAAGUUAGAGUUCUUGAGCUGUUUCUACUCUUAGUAUUGUAUUUGGUGAUCCAUCAUUUAAUCCCUUUACAAUAUAAUUAAGUAAGUAAAUUGUCUUGGUUCAAUAGGUGAGUAAUCCUGUGCCACGCUGCUCCCAUCCAGACUGGUUACAUAAGAGAUUAUUGGAGCGAAAUGAUGUGUUCAAACAGCAGAAGAUCAAUGCGAUGUUUGCACCACUUCCCAAGAAGAAGGUCAGUGAGCAAAUCCUUUAGAGCACCCUUAUGAGUUGUAGUCUGAAAAUGCAAAAAAAGCAGUGAACACAAGGGAAGCCUGCGAAUACAGCCUUUUCUCCUUGCUCCUCGGGGCUAAGGAUGUUUUGCCAGCAGAAACGUCUGCGCCUCAGUGACAGAAAUUCCAUACUGAUGACGUAAAAUCUGUCUGGAAUGUGGUCCGGAGCUUUUAUUGGCUGACAUAGUAGUUAUAUUGUUUUACCUAUUUUUUACGAAGGACAGACAAAAGACCAAGUGCCACAAAGGUCAAGUGUAAACGUGAUGAAUCUAUUACAAAACAGUCCAUAUUCCUAGAAUAUAAUUUCUUCUAUAGAAAAAACAUCUGAGUUUUGCUGGAGCUCGUUACCAAAAGAUCACAAAACUUUACCAUAAUCAACCAGGAGAAAAAUAAAAUCACACAAAUUUUCAUUUGGAACCCCAUGACUACCAGAUUUAUUAGGUAAACAUUGAUUUACGUCAUCAGUAUGGAAUUUCUGUUGCUGAACCGCAAACAUUCCUCCUGGUGAAACGUUCCUGGCAGCCGUUCCUAGGAGAAACGGCUUUAUUCGCAGGCUAACAUAAGGCUGAUGUCAAAGCUUAUCAAGCUACAACAACAAUAAAACACCUCACAUAUUUAACCCUGUAAGUCCUAAGAGCGACUAACAUCAAAUGAAUUUUCUCUCAACCAUAUCAGUACACCAUCAAGUAAAUUAGCUACAAGAAGUAAUCAAAUAAUCACUCAAGAGAAAAUGCUUUGAUCCUUAAUCAAACUCCCUCAACCAGGAUGGUCAGAAAGUUUUGAAGUAGACGGCUGAGUUGACAAAGUAAGCAGCCAGUCCAGGGAUAUUUUAUUUUAAAAACACCAUCUGAAAAGAAAUGCCAAGCAGAGUAGCCCACCAAUACUAACCAACUAGGUGGCAAUUUUCGCCGGCAGCCAGCUACGUUUGACAACCCUGCUCAACUAAUUCUUUAAGGAAAUGUAUGGAGAUCAUUCUGAAGAAUUUAUAGGUGGAUAUGAGGUGUUAAAGGGUCCAAGUUUCUAAUAACUAGGGAAAGCUUAAGAUGGAAUCCACCAGAAAAUUGAGUACGGUAAUUUUAAUUUUCAGUGGAUAAAAGCCUUGUACCAGAAUAAUUGAAAGAAUAUUGCAUUCUUAUUAUUUACAUUUUUCAAGGGCUCAAGAUGUAAUUAGUCAUCUGUAAUAACACCUAAGAAAAUUUCUCGUGGAAGUCCGAGAAAACAAAUAUCAAAUUUCACUAGAAUUGUGAAAACACAGGUAAAAUUCUGAAAAUUUAAUGUGUGAGGUGUAAUUGUGUGAAAAGUGACAUUCAUUUUCUCGGGCGAAGAAAUUUUCUUUGGUGUUAUUACAGAUGAUUAAUUACAUCUUCAGCCCUUGAAAAAUGUAAAAAAGAGUGCAAUAUGCCUUAAAUUAUUCUGGUACAAGGUUUUUUUGUCCACUGAAUAUUAAAAUUACUCAAUUUCCUGUGGAAUUCCGUCUUAAUGUGAUUUUCCAGAAGGGGCUAAUAAUUAUUUACAAUAUGUUCAUAAUGUUGGGUAUUUUACUGAAUUCAAACAGCCACAGGAUUCAAUUAAUGAUGAUCACAACAAUCAAGGAAAUGAAAACCUGCCUCCUAGACAAUCACUGGAUAUUGAAGAUAUAGCUGGAAAACAACCUUCAUCUGCUGGUAGGCCUGUAGCAACCAAGCGAAAGCGUGGACAAAUGUCACUAGAAAAAAGUCUGUCUAAGGGUAGCUCAUCACAGCAGAGUGAUGGACAGCUGUCAGAGCUGUCAAAAAGCUGGAAAGAGGUGCUUGGAGAACCGCCAAAGUGGGGGCCAAACAAGGUAUGGUUCAUUAACUUGAAUUUGUUAUUUCUUGCCAUGAAUACUGUCAUCCUUGGUCGUUUAUAGUGCACUUGAUCAAUGUUAAACAGUAAUGUUUGGCCUAGGGACAUUCCAUGCUGAAGAGUUGUUACAAGGAUGAAACAGCUGUCCAUUGCUGCUAUUGCUGCAGUGAUAUGGCUGCAGAGCACAUAUGUUAAGUACUGGCCAUGCAGUAGAGUUGCUUUCUGCUGAAUUUUAGAGCCCUUUAGAAAAUGUUAUUGAUAAGCUAUGCUUCACAAAAGAAUUUAACUAUUUGAUUCAAGAAAAAAACAAACAAAGGAACUCUUAAUUCAUUUUGAUCAGCUUUCCCGCGUGAAUUGUCUCAAAGUCACGUAUUUUUUUCACAGGAUGACAAAGAGAAAUGGCUUGAAUUUCAAAAACGAAAGUGGGAAUUUCAAUCCAAGCAACGAGCUGAGAGGAAGCGUCUGAGAAAGGAGGCAGAAACAAUGGGUAUGAGUAUGCUGGCAGUUGGGCGUGGCCCAUCGACUGGAAUGUCAUCUUUUAUCAGACAACAAGCUAGAUCGAUUGUGGAUACUCCAUGGCAGAUAAUACAGGUAGGAAUCAGUGUGAAGUGCUCUUACUUUUAAGAUAAACUAAUUAUUGUAUUUGUCUUGAAUAUAGUGCCAGUACUUACAGAUACAAUAGUGAGACUAUCAACCAUGCAGAACUGUGGUUGAAAAUGAACAGUUUAACUAUCAGCUGGAUAUCAGACAUUGCAUGACUAGUGCAACUGAUGCCCUGAACCUAUGACAUCCAUGGUGCCCAGUGCACCAAUUUCCCUGUGACCCAAGGGCAAAGGGAAGUUGUCGCCACUGUGCUCUAGCUGUCAGAGUAGAGCCCUGUGGUGGGUGCUGCCUAUGGGCAGAUGUCUUGUAUUACAUUUGCUUCACAUGCAUGUACUUUCCUGUGCUACUGCGCCAAAAAUUAUGUCAUAUACAGUAUUUAUCUUUAACCGCCACUUUUCUUGACGCAUGCCCUUUUCAUUACAAGUGUCAGAAAGGUGGUGUCUUAUCCUAACACCAGGGUAUUAGAAGGCAACGGCUCCAGCAAGUUAUCUGUAAACUCAAUCACAACUUAGACAAGGAUGCACUAGGAAAGCAAAAUCUGAGUGCUGCUAUUCAGUUUAAUAAGGUCUUAGCUUCCAGGUGAAAUGUAUUAAGAUGUGUGCUAUAUGGAAUAGCCACUUGAGUUAUUUUGGUUGUAUUGUAAAAAGACGACUGAAAUAUCAAGCUGUUUGUUUAGCGAGGGAUAAACUAUUUUUAUGUUUUGUUUCAGCUCGUAGAGACCGAUGACCCAGGUACAUUCAAGGUGUGGGCAAUAGUAGGAUCAGAUCUCCAUUCACUGAAAGUUAACAUACCCAGGAUUUUCUAUGUAAACUGUCACACCCCAAAAGAAGGAGCUGGAACAAGUAAGAGUGGUUUGAAGGGACUAUUAGUAUCCAAAUUUUUUACCAAUAUUAAAUAAUAUGAUCAUGGAAUGCCAGUCAAAUUGGGUGAAGAGAUCCAACAAAGUGACUAUGUGAUGUACAGACUCCCUCUUCCAGUAAGAACUUGUAACAUUUUUUGCAUAUAUUUUAGUCUCUACUGCUCGUGAUUCUUUGUCUGCUUUGAUUAUUUAGUAUUCUAUGCCCAUGUCCAAUAAUAAUUAUAGUAAACAAAAACAACAUGAAAUUGCUUUACUUUACCAUAAUGUUUUAAGGAUAGGUGAAUGAUCAAGUGAAUGAAUUCUGAAAAAUAAGUGACUAUAUAGACAGUAAAAUUAAGGAAAAUAAUGAUCAUUGAUUCAGAGCAUAGUAUGUUUUAUUAGCCAAAGGAUGAUUGUUUCCUGAUUGUAUUUCUUUGUAGCAUGGAGGAAGGUUUCCAGAACACUUCCACGCUCUCAUCCAAUACUAAAUCUGUAUGAGUAUACAGUUCCUGAGAAGAUAUUCCGAGAUCAUUCAAGGUCUGGACUGGGUUUAUAGUGAUUUUUUUUUUCUGUAACAAAAAUGAUGUUACUGUAAAGAUGAUGAACACUUUUUGCAUGACUACAUUUCUCACAACCAAGUGUCAGUAGUCUAGAAGUCACUGUCUUUUUAAGAUUAAAAAGUUAAUGCAAUUAAGUUUUAACAUAGACAUCCAACUAAUCCAAAACAACCUGGCCCCAGUUGUUCAAAAGUUAGAUAGCGCUAUCCAGUGGCUAAAUCACUAUCCAACAGAUGAAUGACUUUCUUUGUACCCUGUAAGCAACUCCUUAUGAGUCUUAAGUUUUGCAUUUAAACAAAGAAUUGUGAUCUUUUGUCUUGAUUUUGGUAUUACGCGAGUGUAAUAACUAACGUUUUCUUUUUAUCUAGUGAGCUAGCUACAGAUCUCUCAUCUCCUGACAUAGAAGGAAUCUAUGAAUCACAGGUAGGAAAACAGCUUGCUUUACUUGAAAAAUCUCCCACUCUGAAAAAUCUGACUCAAAGUAAUUCUUGCCUUUUAAAGUUUUGCUUUUAGUAAAUAGUACUCGUUACUCUCUUCUUGCCAUUUAAGACUUUAUGAGUUAAAAGUGUUGGGAAUUAUUGGUUGAGAUUUUGUAAUCGAUCAUCAGAAAUAAUUGCAUUGGUCCAAUAGAUCGAUCAUCCAUUAUUGGGAAAAUCUCUUUCCAAGCAUUCCAUUAUUUUAAUUUUUUUUAACUGUGUGCAAGUCAAAGUAAUACAAACUUAAGGCAAGUUUGCCCAUGGCAUACAGUAUGCACAAUCAAAUGUAAACAAAACAAAACUCUUAUAAACCAAUAGAGAACUAUGUACAGCCAUUGAAAGUUUCAACAUUCCUAUUUGUCCAGGAUAUGUUUUUUCUUUUUCCAUGGUAUUCAAUCGGACAUUUUUUGCUUAUUUAUUAUAUGGCUACAAUAGUACGGGUUCUCUGAUUGGCUGUUUUCCUAUCGGUCAUUACUAGCAAGGUGUCCAAGGUAUAUACAAUCUGUGUUUUAAGUUGAUAGUGUACAUCCUUAUGGACAUCCAUAUUAUGGUUAUUUGACAGCUGUCAGAAUGGGUAUCCACUGACCAGUGUCACCUGACUGUAUCAUGGGCUCAACUUAUCCGCAGACCAGUUGUUGGUUUUAAUUGAUCGCAGGCUCAGGUCUAUAAUGAAAAGGCCAUAUAAUAAAUAACUUAUUAACCUCAUCCAUUCAGUCAUUACAGGGAAAUCUCAGACUUCGCCCUUGAUGUAUUGACCUUGGUAUCGCUUGGUCAAUACAUCAAGGCCUCUGUCUGAGAUUUCCCUUUAAUGACCUCACUCUCGGUAAAUAAGUAGUGUAUAAUCGAUGAUUGGUACACCACUAUGAGUUAACAAAUGGAUUUAUAUACCAAUUAUUUAUUUCCAUUGAUAGGUUCCCUUAUCGAUGAGAGCAUUAAUUAAACUAGGCUGUGUUUGCAAAGUGAACAAGAUGUUUGCAAGGCUCUUCGGUGGCAGGGUAGGUGCUGUAUUGAAUUUCUUCAGAGUAGAAGUUUUGACAACAAAGAAAUUGGAAACUGUUCAUUAUUUUUAUUAUUAUUUCUGUAAUUGGCCUGUGUUUCUUCAAGUCAAAUACACUUCUAAUUUCCAUUAACAGUAGAAGGCUAAGAAUUUGAGUUCUUUGUGUUAGAUAGUUGACAAGAAGUGAACCCUUAGGCAACCAUCAAAGCUAACAGAAAUUCUACAAAACUUGCUAGUUUUUUAUUAUAAAUCUAAGAGGAGUUCCUGGUGAAUUUUUUAAAAGUAUAAUUUAUUUGUAAUUUUUUUUGCACCAGUCCCUUUCCAAGAAUUGAACAUAGUAAUUAAGUACGCAGCCAAUUAAAAUGGAGUAUUUCAUGUCAGGGCUUAAAUGAUUAGGGUUAAGCGCUGACAAUAGUGAUAGAUGGAAAGCAUUGACCAUAGUAAUCAGGGUUAAACACUGACACAAAAUGGUUAACAUUUUUUUAGGUUUAGAUUUGUCACUAAAAGACUAUAGAUGCACCAUUAUGUAUUUAACAAAGCAGUUAUUGGCAGCAAAUCCAAGGUGUUCAAAUUUUUUUACUUGAGUCAUGACUUGUUUACUCUUGAUUCUCCUGUUCUAGGAUUUAGAUAGCUUUGAGCUUGACCAGCUUGAGUUCAAGACCCUUGCUGAGUGCCCAUACUUGGAAAAUGCAAAUCUGAAAAGGAUAUACCUGUACCACAGUUCCUCGUAAGAAUGUUAUCCUUGGCAUCAUUUCUUUCCUCCAACUUUGCCUCAUUAUGAUAUCAUCUAAUAUUGUUUGGUCAUUUGGGUAUUUGUUCAACAUAUCAUUAUGGUAUCUUUAUUUUCUAGUGAUAAUCGUGUUGUAUUGGCCAUCUUUGUCCCUGGUCUUCAGAAGGUAUGGUUCAACGUUUACUCUUGUCGGUGCUAAUUCCAUUAUUUACCCUCAGCAGUAUUUAUAGUGCUAAUGUGAGUGGGGCUGAGCAAAUGCCUGAAACAAAUAAUUCAAAUCAAACUUAACAGGGUUAAGAAUCCCAACUGGCCGGAGGCAAACCAGCUGGCUAUUUACAAGCGUGGCCAAUGAUUUGAACUCGUCACUACCGUGAACAAAUCCAGCUAGCGGUUAGUGCGGGACUUGAACUCGGGGCCUCUGAAUGGCAACUCUAGUGCUCUAACCACUCGGCCACACUGCCUCCUUCUCUGAUAAGAAGACCUAAUGAUACAAUAAAAGAAAGAACUCAAGGCAGCCAAUUUGUUUUGGGUGUCACGUAAAUACUUGCACAAUACCUAAACCAAUUAGAGCCUACUUGCAAUCCACCCCAGACUCCAGGUUUCAUUUCAUUAUUUGUAAUUUAUUAAUUUGUUAUUUUUAGGCUUCAGUGUUUGUCAUUGACGUUGUAAGGAAUAACCAGAUGCCAAAUCUUUCAUCUCUUUACCAAGCUGAAAGAACUGCAAGGUAUGAAGAAUUUACUCCUUUUCUACCCCGGGCAAUAGUGGAGGCCCUAGUCCAAACUCCUUUAGUUAUCUCUAUCUACCUUCUCUUUCUCUUGGUGCCAGUGUGAUAACUGUGCAUGAAACAAGUAAACUUUCUUCAUUCACUGUACAUGAUAGCCUAAGAAAACAGCAGACAUUUUGCAGUGGUGGUGGUUUCCUGGCAAAAUGACGUCUAAGAAACGAGCGCAGAAAUGUCAUACUGAGUGUUCUCACCAGGAUUUUGCCUUGGGGAGUCCCAGGGCCCCCUCUUCUGAGAAAUAGGGGCCCUGUAAGAACAUUAGGGGGACAAAGUUACAAAAAACACGCGGUACGAAGAACCUGAGCCCGCACUCCAAAUUGUCUGUUACAUGAAGUACCUACCUGAUCCAAUAUGGCGGAAGAGGUGUUUACGAUUCGGAGGAGGAGUUUACGAUGUAGUGGGACGUGCGUGGGACCAAUGAAAGUAAAGGCAACAAAAUUAAAGAUUUUGACUCAUUUGAUAUCACGUUUUUUAUUUAUUCAAACAAACAGAAUGCUUUAGUUUUAGGUUGACCAUUAAAACUACUUAAGUCCGUUUGACUCGUAGCUUGCCCCUGCGCCCUAACGGGCGCAUCUUCUUGGUUUUAAUGCGCCAUUUCAGUUUUUCUUGCGGGAAUCCCGCAAGGCCGCGGCCUGGUGAGAACACUGGACAUGUCACAACCCAGAUAGUAGGGUAGUAGUUCUGAUUGACUCAGAUCCUCACUUUCCUUGGCCAUUAGAUCUUAAAGAUUCUUCUUAGACACCUAUGUUGGAAGUUAUUUUAUGUCAUCUGCCUUAGUCAUACUCCAGGUCUUAGUUUAGUAGAGGGUGAUCAAAUAUUAUUGCCUCAAAAUAUUCCUGCUUUGAUUUAAUGAGGUUAAAUAAAUAUUUAUUUAACAGAGUUAACAACAAGGAGCGCGAGCGUGGUCAGCGGUCAGUCGUUUGGCUCAAGCGCGGUCAGCCUUGCUUGCAUCACCUCCAUGUGCUCAGUACAGUGUUUUCGUGGCGGCCAUUCUCUUUGUUUAGCCUUUGGAUCAUUCUUUUACCCCCAUCCCUCCCCCCCUUAAUUCUUCCACUGUUAAAUCAGUGUGACAGGUGCCUGGUUCCAUUGGCGUGGUGGCUCAUGGCUGGAGGGCACGGGUUUGCCAGCCAUGGGGGUGUAACUCUGUCUAGAGGCUGGCCGUGCCAAAGGUGGAAGCCCCUGGACAUCCCGGACACCCACCUCCACUCAGCGAUGCAGUUUUUAAAAGGAUGGAACGUCAGAAGACAUUUAAUAGUCUCAAAUAUUGUGAAUGCAGUUUUAUUUCUACUUUGUAGGUUGGAAAGGGAAGAAGAUGUUGAGAGCUUUCUUCCCCCAGAGAGUCUUACAUUUGAUGUCAGAGUUGAGACCGAUCCAAGACAGGUACAUAUUGUUAUUUGCUCUCAGUUUCAGUUAUGAUAUUAUUAAAAUUAAUUUGGUCAUGCAUUGGUUUGUACAGGGCUUGAAAUAAUUUUGCGGCUGGUACCAGUGAAGUUAUAAAUCAUCUAAUUAUUAUCUACUUUCCUUUUCCUUUUUUUUUCAUUGAGUGUACUUGAGUUAUGGAUGCACUUGGGAGCUGUGUGCACGACGAGAAUAUGAAGCAUGCUUGAGCUAUUGAAAUUUAUUUGGCAAAUAUUUUAGCUGUGUUAUAAUUUAUUUUGGAGAGUGAUGGUUCUUAGAAUUAACAUAAUAUUUGGGCAACUUGAUGCCUAAUAAUUUAUUGUCAUUUCUUUCUAGGCUUACAGGGCAAUUCAAAGGUUCCUAUUGAAUUACAAAGAAGAGAAACGUGGACCAACAAUGAUUUUAGUGCAGUCUCCCUGGGGUAUUGUUGUGAAUUGUACUGUGUAUCAUCACUUUUAGUCCAAGAUGUAUGAAUUCAAUAUUAUUGGUUAGGGUUAACUGAUAUAAUACUUUUUGUAGAUCAGAGUCACUUGACAUCGUCAAUUCCUUGUCUUAAAGACUUUCCCCUUGUGCAUCUCCCAUACAAUGACAGGUAAGAUGAUGUUGCCUAUCUGCACUUUUUAUUUGAUGCAGAAGUAUAUAGUUCAGAAGGGUGUGAAUUUGAACCGUAGCUUUUAGUUCAAUGUUAUUGUAACCCAGCACACUACAGUUAUGGUGUAUUUACCUAUGUAACACUAAAGAGGGGGCUUAUAGAAAAUGCAUUAAAUGUAUUCAUUCAUAAAAGCCCCCAUCGAUCUUUAGUUUUUACAAACAACAAAACUAUAAAACUGUGAUACUAAAGCCUUCUAAAUAUGCUCUGUAACAUGGUCUAGGUAAGUCACUCUUUUAUCGAGAACAACACUAAGGAUGUUCAUAGUAUCCGAUAUUGUAGCUUCCGUCAGCUUGAAGGUGACAUUGCUAACAUUGCUUGAGUCAAGAUUUGCAUAUUAUACUUUAAUGUAAACCAAGCAGUUUGUAGAUCAGGCAUUAUUCCCGAAACAAAUGAAGAAUUGAUGAUCAUUGCUGUUGUGUGUACCAUUGCAGCUACAAAAAGUAGCGAAAAAAUUCUUAGCUUAAACGGGUUUCGAAUCCUGGCGAGACUGAUUUAGCUUGUGAUUUAUAUUGCAGUACUGCGCAGCAUAAUGUUCUUAACUGGCAACGUCAUGCGGCAAGAAGAAUGAUCCUUCAUUAUCUUGAGGUGGAUCUGUUUUACCAGGUUAGUCAUGCAUGCUUGAAAAAGUAUCAUUUCAGGGUUGUCACUAAGAUUUCAAGUUGCCAGGGAAAUACAACAAGUAGGCGGGGAAUCAAACUGCGAGGGAGUUCCCUUCUUUCUGUUUUUUCUUUCUAUCUAUUUUUCUAUGAAAGUAGCUAGGGGCCGCGUUCAUAGUAGCCAGGGAAAAUCCCCAGCCCCCACCUCUUGAUGGUAGUCCUGCAUUUGAGUGCUUUCUUUCCCAGUAGGCUCUAAAGAAAUGUGCAUUUGAGUUGGUACCCAUAGAAUGACCAGUCAUCUUGUAUUAUUUUGGUCACCCUCAAGACCAGUCUCCUUAGUCUCUUUAAUAGUGACAGUCCCUAUAAUGGAAUAGAAUUUAGUUGCUGUCCAUAUUGUAGGGUUGUCUGUAAUAGUAAUCUGUCUGCAAGGUGAGAAUUGACUGUAUAAACAAACUGUGGAGUAAUUAUUGUUUAUCAACUUCAAACUAAUGUUUCAUAUUUACAGUGUGUAUAGUGUGAUUAGUGUAAAGAGUGCCAUACUUACAGUAUCUAUAGAGUGGUUAGGUGGAGGGCUUACUAUGAUUCAUAUUUGGCUCUUAUUUUAAUCCAAAGAAAAUUCUGUCAGGUGGAAAGGAUUUUUAUAUAUAUGGUGCUCAUUUUUACUCACAUACUGUUUUUAUAUGACUAUUAUAUUCCAGGAAAUUUAUUUAACUCUCUCUUUUAAAUUAUUUUUACAGACACAACUUGAAAUGGCCCAAUACUUUCAUGUUCCAGUGGGAAAUGUAUCAUCAGAUCCCACGCUUUUUGCCAGUGACCUUUUCUAUGCUCGUCACCUGCAGAAACAUAAUCACCUGCUCUGGAUGUCACCAACUGACAGACCUGAUCUUGGUGGGAAAGAAGAUGAUGAUAACAGGUUUGUUACGAUAAAAUUCCAAAAAUAAGCCCCGGGGCUUAUAUUUUCAAAGGCCCUUUUUGAGAGGCUUAUUUUUGGAGAGGCUUAUAUAGGGAGGGCUUAUCUACGGAGGGAAAUUGGCAUUUCGAAAUUGAUUGGACUAGCCUUAUAGCUGGAAGUAAAUUUACCGUUUUUGCUUUGUCUUUGAGGGCACUGUUUUCCAAGUACAAGCCCCCAGGGGGCUUAUAUUUGGAGAGGCCAUUUAACAGAGGGUUUUUUUCCGUUACGAGUUUGGGGGCUUAUCUUUGGAGGGGCUCAUUUUUGGAAUUUUACGGUAUCUCUACAAUGCUAGUGAUGCCAGUAGGACCCAAAUAUCAUGAAAGAUAUUUUUAUUUAGUUAAAUGAAAAAUUUAACAAAGUUAAUCGCCAUGAGCUUAGCAGUCUUAGCUAGGUCAGUCAGCAGUCAAACUCAUAAGUGCAGGCUCAUGUGGAACGUUGUUGCUUCAUUACAGUCAGGAUUGUCAAGUUUCUUUAGUGGUUUUCAUAGUGACUGUGUUUGCGUGGAGUGGUUUUUAGCGGUUGUCUUAAUGCCACCCACCCUACCCUCUAUGUCCCCCCUUCCACUGAUUCAUCAGUGUGACAGGUGGCUGGGUUGUGGGGAUUUGCCAGCCAUGGGGGCAGUAUUCUAUCUAGGGGCUGGCUGGCCACAGUGGAGGCCCCCUGGAUACCCCAGGCAACCACUUUCAAUUUAGCAAGGCAGUCAGUUGAUUUAUUAAUAACACACUCAAAAAAAGAGCGUGUUAAAGAGUUUUGUGUUUUUUUCUCUAAAUUCUAAAAUAAAAGCCUAAUGCCCAAUCAUCAAAUGUCAAAUUCUCCCUUUGUUUUACUGGAAAAUACUCCAUAAGUUAGACGGAGAAAUUAUCUUGCCAUUUUCCAGGAGUCACUUUUGGAUACAUCCUUACAUUACAGAUGGUUUAAGCUGCAAAAUUAGGAGGCUGUUUCACUACUGUAGAAUAUCCUUAUAUGAUUUUUUAAAGUUUCUGCAGGACUGUAUUGCCUUUUCAGAGAUCUUCAGAGAAUUAACUGUAGUGUGUAGUGCUCUUAAAGUCAUCACCUUCAAAAUUCCCAUUUGACUUAUAUAAAGCUCUUUUAGAAUAAUGAAGCCCCCCCACUCAAAAUCGUUGCAUGUUAACUGGUAGCUUGUACUUGAAAACUGCUGCAUUAGAAGUCGUAGGGCCUCACAUCAUAUCUCUCCACAGGCUCAGUAUAGCAACAGAAGAUGGCGGCAACAUUGAAGUGAACAACCCAGGCUGUUAUCCUACUGUGUGUAUGGAGCUCUCAAUUGAUUGCUUCGCUGUUAACACUGUCUUACAGGUAUAUAGCCAAACCUAAGCUUUGCCACUUUUAAUACAUGUUUAAAGCACUUCAUUUAACCAUUUAUCUAUAUUCCUGCUAAUUGUUUUUGUAAAAUGAGGAACUUAUUUUUCAUUUCAGUCUGCCCACAUCAAUGACUUUGAGGGAGGUUCUGUGACUGGUGUCAGCUUUGAUAGUCUGCCACAGGUGAGAAUAGCAUUUAGAUUAUAGUGUCAAGUUGCUUUAGAAAGAUUUAAUUUCCCAUAGGAUGUCAUUCUAGGGAGGUCAUAAAUAAGGUUUUACAUCUAAGACCUAUUUUCUACCUGUUCACAUUUUUCACAGGCUCUUUAACUUUGGCAUCAUUAAAUGAUGCCACAGUUAAAGAGCCUGUGAAAGAUCUGAACAGGUGGAUAAUAGGUAGUAUAGUAUUAAAUUUUACUAUAUCCAGUGCAAAGAAUGCCCUGGCAACUACUACAAUUGUGAGACCGCCAUAUCCCUUUGCACCCUGUUCAAAGAACACCAAUCCCUUGAAACUUCUGCCAUUUUCGAUCACCCUGGCCAUUUACAAUCCUCUAUUGGGGAUAUGUAACAAAAUUUGUGUUCUCUGAUGAAGUUUGAGCAAUUCAAAUGAAAUGUUUGUUUUGUUUUAAACUUGUUUUUUUGCUGUGAGGUUUGGAAGAGGAUCUUUUUUAGACGUUUGUCUUUGCCUGGGCAGAGGAAAAACCUUUUCAGUAACUCAUAUAUUUUGCAGGCAUCAUUAGAAGAGUUGGUUCAAGGAGGGCCAAGUGCAGCUUCCAGCCUGACAACAUAUGAUGAAGCGGCUCUAUGCUCCAGUGCUUUCAGGUAAAUGUUUGUCAUUUUAUUGAAUGCCUGUUUUGCAAUUCUCCACUUUAAAAUUGGUUGAGUUGUUAGCUUUUGCAAAGUACGCUCCAUUCAGCUAUUAGAGACCUUACAAUCUGACAAUGGUGAUGUUCAUGAAAAUGUCGCUGAAAAAUAGACAUCACAUCCUUUGAAACUAUUUUGCAAUCAUCCCAAGUCAUCCUGUUACUUAAGAGAAGGGAAUUUAGGGUUGAAGUAAAGACCUGUGCCCAUGCCUGAGUUCAGACAGAGAUGGUAGAAUUUAUUGCCUUGCGCUCCUGUUCUAAAGUAAACUUAAAAUUUGGCCAUUUCAUGUGGUAGUUUUGCAUGGACAGCAAAGAAAUUGAGAAAAAAGCGUGAUGCACAUGCAAAGUUGUUGUUUUGCUGAUGCCAUUAAACCUAUUGCUUUUUUUGAGGUUCUGGUUGCCCAUUGCCCUUCACUGUUGUAGUUUUGUAAGGUCUCUAUUGGCCAACUUGUUUGCCCUGUCUGCAGUAACAGUCCUAGAAGUAAAAACCCUUGAAUGCAGAGGUCCACUCAACGCGUAAAUAAAACCGACUGGUUCUUUCUUGCUGGAUCUCUAAUGUAGAGGUGCUAAUGCCAGACGUCACUUGAAGUGGGAAAUAAAACAAACCUGAAAACAAGGCUGGCAAUACGGCAAAGGGCUGAUUUAUUUCAGGCCAAUAUUGCGGCUAAGAAAAUUAGCCUUUCUCAGGGCCAGAGCUACGCCGAAAAAGUGUAGCUCUGGCCCUGAGGAAAGCUAAUUCAGGUAUCUGUGAAAAUUUGAGUCAAAUAUGUUGAAUGGUUUUGGAGAAAUUAUCUUUGAAAAAUUAUAUAGUUUUAGUGCUGUGUAAAAUUGUUUCUAUGUUUCAUCUUUAUCUUUUGCAACAGAAUCCUCAAGGGUAUGGUUUAUAGCUGGCUGCAUGAAGUAUCAGCUUAUGGGAACCUGAACGCUGAUGCACAAUUAAUGCAUUUUUACAGGUAAUAAUGUUAAUAGCAUCUCAGAACUGUAGGUUUCCUUGUGCAUAGCAGCUUAAUCAGUUGUCUCUUAGAGUUAUGCAUUAGAGGGUAUGUUAAAAACUCCAUAGAAUAUAAUUACAUUAGGCAUUCAACAGGUGUUUUUAUGUUGUAAUCUAUGCCAAUGUUGAAGGAACUGGCGGUUCCUUAGAAAACAUCUGUUGACUUCUGUUACUAUCCACCCCAAAUCAAGUAAUGGUUAGCCACUAUUGGACUGCAGAUCAAAGCUACUGAUUUCCUUUUACUUUGCCUUUUUUUCUUUUUUUGUUGCCCAUACAUUUAUCUCUUCCUUCUGGAUUCUUUUUUUAAAUCUCUGAGGUAUUUAUUGUGUUUUAAGGAAAAAUACAUAUGCUAAAAACUUACAGUUAAAAGCAAUUAAAAAGCUGAACGAGUAGAAAAGCUUUAAAUUCCGUAUAAAAUAUUAAUGUUACCAUUAAAAACCCUUUUUACGUUAAAUUGCUUCUUUGUAUUGAUAAAACUAUUUUAAAAGCAUGGGGUAUUAACCCAAUUGAGAUUGCUGCUUGGAUCUCUGAGGCACAGAACUUUCUUUUGUGUUGGGGAGGGAAGAAUACAAAGGGUGGCCAGGCAUGCUGGAGAUCUUCUUGAAUAGUGCAUGAUCUGCCUCUUCUAAGAAAUCAUAUAGUGGUAUGUUAAUUUGAUAAUAUAUGUAUUGGCAUUUAAAGCAGCGCUGUAGAAAAUUCUGGACCCUUGUUAAUUCAGGUGUUAUGGACACAUAUAUAGGAAAAUCGUAAGUUGAUAAUUUGUUGAAUGCCAUCUAGGCCAUGUCAAUUAUUUUGAUAUUUGUUUGAGCAAACAAGAUUGUCUGUUUUGGCUCAGGUGGCUGUCUUCUCCUACUUCACUGUUAUACGAUCCAGCUCUUUGUAGAAUGGUGCAGAGAAUGAUGAAAAAACUGUUCAUGCAGGUAGACUUUGAAUUAAUUGAAUUAAUCAAGGGCUAUUUUAUUUUUUACUUAACCAAGAACACAAUAUUAUUUUUUGGUAACUUUAAGAAUUUAAAUCUGCCAGCUCUUACCCCAGGAAUUUCACAUUCUUUCUUCUAGAAUUUUUGUGUUGGAUGGCAAGGGCAUUUCUAACCAAAGUAUUUUUUUUCACUAUCCAGCUUGUAGCAGAAUUCAAACGUCUUGGUUCUACCAUUGUGUUUGCAAACCUCAGCAAAAUCAUUAUUUGCACCAAGAAAAGAAGGUAAUAAUUUAUUUAUCUUAUAAUAUUUAUUUCCCAUUUUUAACUGAAGAAGUGACAAUCUAUUCCCAAGUUAAGAAUUCUAAAGUAACACAUUUUAACCAAUUUCCAGUGUUUAAUUUGGUAGGUGCCCAUGACAAGGAAAUACUGUCAUGAAUUUUUAUAAUCCCACUGGUCGGAGGCAAACCUUCUUACUACCAAGAACAGCUGUUGUGGAGGGGAUUGAACUCAGGGCAACUGGAUUGCAAUUCCAGUGCUCGAAACACUCUGCAUGCUGUCUCCCCAGUAGUACAUAAAGCACUGUUGUGGGCAGUGUUCCAUUUAUCAGGCAGUAAUAUUAACCGGUAAAAUUUACCAAGACACAGAUUUGCUCUUUGCCCCACACUUGCAAAAUGAUUCUCAUUCUUAUAGAGAGAAUUUUUCUUAAUUUCAGUGUCUCAGAUGCCAAGGCAUAUGUGGAUUUCAUUCUCAACAGUAUACGCAGGAAGGACUUGUUCCAUAGCAUUGAGCUUAAACCUGAGUCAUGCUGGGAGUAUCUUAUGUGGAUGGACCAGGUAAUUGCCAUAAUAAUUAUUGCAAAAGAUCAAAAAUUUAAGAAAAUUCAGAGUCGUGCUAUCUUUUGUAAAAGACAGUCAAGGCUCUCUCAUCAACCUCUCUGUUUUCUAUCUACCAAAAAACAGGUCUUAAAAUUAGAAAUAAUAUUAUUUUGCUUUACCAUGCAGGCAAAUCAUGGUGGUGUGCGAGGCAAACUUCCCAAGGAGGCUGAAGAUGAGGAGGUGAUGGAAGGAACAGCAGAUGACAAUGAUGAAAUAAUGGCUACACCUGAUGAUGAGGUGAAGGAAGAAAAAAUACACAGCAUUGUAUAUGUCUACCAUACUUACUUAGAAUAAAUGCAGCAGAUGGAAGCAAAAUUACCAAAAAAACACCACAACCAAUCAGACUACUGCGGCAUUUUGAAAGGAUGAGGUAUAAGAGAAAACUCAAUCCAACUUUGUAAUCUACACCAUCCAGAAAAUUACAAUUCUCUCUCGGCAAAAAAUUAAAGACACUGGAAUUUAAAAGAUCUUUUUGUUGACAACAAAUUUUUUGUCAGUUUAAGACAACAAAUUUUUGUCAAAAUGCUAAAAAUCAAGAAUAAAGGCUGUGGUUUUUAAAUUAGCAAAGGUGCCCUUGACUAAACUAUUAAAUAAGAUAAGGUAAGAUAAAUACUUAAGUAAUGGUCCAAAGAAGGAAAGAGCCAAACAUAGUGAACACGUGGGAAUGCAAAAAGGUGCCAACUUUACUAUUGUCUCUACUACAUUUCUGAUUGGUUUAAACAUAACCAAGAUGAGAUCAGAUAAAUUAAUCCCUUAUUUUCAAAACUGAAACAAAAACAUGUCUGGUUAAGAAGAAAUCCCAUAUGAGGGAGAUGUAAAAUUGUAAACUUUUCUUUGCAAUUCUUUUCAACUCUUAUGAUUGGUCAAAAUCUUUUAACACAAGAAAACACCCUUUAAAAAUGAAGUUUAAUUACAUUUUUUUUUAAAUUUUUUGUUGGUUUGUGGAUUUGAAAACUAAAGGGAUCACUACGGUGGAACAAAAGAAAUUGAACCUUCUUACCCAGAUCAUUAUUACAAGUCCCCCUUUUGGGGGCUUUUUCAGGGAUAAUGACCCAAUAAUUCAAAUGAAACAUAACAUAUAGUCUAGAAUCCCAACUGGUAGGAGGCGAAACCACUUGGCAAUUUACAAGGGUGGCCAUAAGAGAAUAACUCUGUAUCAGCUGGGAAUUGGAGGAAUAAAAAAAAAAAUAAAAAAAUAAGGGUGGCUUUGGGACUAUCCAGUAGUGGUCAUCUUGGGGCUUCCCGCGCUCUAACUGCUCGGCCAAACUGCCUCCUAUGUUUAUUUUUUCCCUAUCAGCCUAAUGUAGAAAUGAACUGGAAUAUGAAGAAGUACCUUCCCACUGCUGCUUCUUGUCAGAGCUAUUUCCAGGUACACCUUACAUUUUAAAAGCUCUCUGUGGUAUACACCCCCUCCCCCAUUGCUAAACUUAAAACACACCCGUUGCUUUGACGUUUCUUUCCAUUAAAAGGUCAUGCUACAUUUUUAUGAAAUUUCCUUACUCCUUGGGAUGUUUUGUCUGUCAAAGCUUUUACAACUUUUUGGGGUUAUAAUUCAUUCACUUUUUUUUGGGGGAGGGGAGGGUCAAAGUUUGGACCUUCCUCUCAGUAAUUAACAGUAGUACAGAAAGUCUGUAUCGUAAAAUGAACAACAUCUUUGUCAUGUAUUCAUGUUGUAGCAUUUUCACUAAGCAGCUGAUUUUUAGGUCUAUUAAUUUUGCCAUUAAUGAGUCCAACAAUCCAGUCAGAAAAAAUACAGAAAAAUGACAUUGUUAUUCAUAUUUUGGUGUCAAUUAUUAGUUUUCCUCAUCCAGUUUGCACUGGUCUAUUCUCUUUACCACUGUUUCCUAGCCUGCAGAGCAGGCAGUUUUUGUGCGACAUUUUUCAUUUUUCAUUCAACAAGUAAGAAAUCUGUAUAGGCGUGCUAAAAGCUGAGCUGUAGUCAAAUAAGAAGAGGCGAGGGGAGGGGUUGAGGAGUAGAAGGCAGAGAGAUGAACUGCCUGUAUUCAAGGCCAUGAGUUUUUUCAUACACCAUUUGCCUGUGUUUGUUCCUUUUUUUCCUUUGUCCUGCAAACCAGAACAGAUAUUUUAUCUUUCGUGUAUUUCUUGCAGAUUAUUAUUGCAAGUCACAUUCAUGCUAUAUAUAACCAUUCUUUGGAGGAGAGGAGACGUGUCGAGCCUGGCAAUACUCCAGUGAAAAAAAGAACAAGCUCACAGUCCCAGGUACAGCUGCUUUCCAAGCAGUCAUUUUGUUUGUUAAUAAUCUGAACUGCCUGUAUUCAGUUAACAUGUUUUUUUUUAUGUAGAGGGAGCAGUUUCUGUGGACUGUUGCUAGCUAUUUGAAUGGAAAUGAACUACUCUCGAAUAAGAACCAUUGUUGAGAGAUUCUUAUAGUCUGUGUUUUAGACAUACUUAUCUUUGUACUCAAACUCAUCAAAAGUGCUUAAAGAAAAUACAAAGAAAACUGAUAUUUUAUAAGUGUUUGAAAAUCAGAUAAAGAACCUUUAUUAUUGCAUCCUUGAUUUCUAGCUCCUUUUAAAAUUAAUCAUUUGUUUAAGGAGAAUUCUCAAGCAUUUGACACUGUUAAUCCGUGCAUAUUCUCCUUCAGUAGCAUGUUUGAAUGUAAAGCAUUGUUUGGGUGAGGCCUUUAACUGCUGUAAUUAAGAAUAAAAGAUACAAGUUAAAGUUUUACCUUUGACACUGAAUGUUUUCAACACAAUAUCAGGCACCUUGAAGUUUGUCAAAAAGAGUAUACUCUGCGUCAUUUUUUCAAAUCUUUUUCAUAUUUGAUUUUGUGAUAAAUCGUAUUUUUGUCUUAAGUUAUAUGUUUCAUUAAGCGCAUCCCAUAGUAAUUAGCACUAGCAUGGAACUUACAAAGUUGGUAAAGGUGUUUUAAAAGUUUUAAUCCGCAUCUUCUCUACCUAACAGAGGGUUGCAGAAACAUCAGCCACACCUAGUCUUGUCACCUUUGCACAAGAGAGAAUCUCUGGAGAGCUCACUCAGACUCUUUUCUCGUAAGUGCUUUCUGUUCACAAUGAGUGUGUCAUUCGUAUGAAAAACCAGAGGAAAUUUUCCUCUUAAAUUGAAAAGUGCCGUAGGUUAUUUUUUCCUAAAAAUGUGAGUACGAACAACUACAGUAAAAACCCGCGUUUAAGAACCUAGAACUUAAGAACCUGUUAGGCUAAAAUUUCCACUUUAAACCCCCUUUUUUAUAAGAACCUAUUUAGGCUAAAUUUUUUUAAUAGGUUCUUAAUUACAAAAAUGAAGGCACAGAUGAAAAACAGAAAAAAACAUUUUAAGUCCAGGUGUUAGUAAGAUUCAAAAUGUAACACUACAGCAUUUUAUGGAUACUGCAGCAUGAAAGACAUGCAUGCUAAAACUUUGGAAAGAUAAAUUUACUGUAACGUUAUCAUGUGAACUGUAUUCUGGAUAAUCAUUUAACACAGCAAUAUAUUCCAUACCACGAUAAUUUUGCGGCCAACAAAUAUGUGGCUUUUGAACUCCAUCUUAGAAGUUUUGCUGCAAUUUUUGCAUCAUCUGUUCAAUAUGGCAAAAUUCUUCAAAAUUUGGUCAACAGUAGCUGCUUAUGAUGAAUUAUGCAUGUCAUUUUAGCCAAUCAGAAAUGGCAAAAUAUUUUGAAUAAUAAUAAGUAAUAUAUAUACAAGGAGAGUCACUCAGAAACUUCAUCUGUAGUGAGUGAUGCAUUAUAACAUGCAAAACUGUUGUCCUACAACUGAUAAAUUUCUUUUCUCUCUUUAUCAUUAACUUGUAGUGUAACUCAGAAAAUACAGCACACUUUGUCUGGCGACAGAUCUUCAAAUACAGAUCCAAGUGCGGAAUUCCCACUCCUACCAGGUUCCCAUCUGCCACUUAACAAUCCUGCCUUGGAAUUUGUCAAGUUCAUUUGUAAGGUACAAAUUUAUUAGUUGUAACUGUUAAGUUCAGUCAUUAAAGAAGUUUCAGUUAAUGUCAAAGGUGACUUAAUUUUUUUUAAAGGUGCAUUUGGAAUAAAGCCCAAGGUGAUAUCUGAUAAACUGCUAAAUUCCCCCGCCCAUUUUUCAUAUGUAUUCCUUGGGAAUAAAAGGGAGAAUUAAUUAUUAUAUCAAGAGUCACUCAGAGCUUAAUAUUCCAUGCACCCCUUCAAUAAAUCAGUUUAAUAAUUAUUAUUUAAUUAAUCAAAGGUUGCUUUGGUGUAUUUUUAUGGGUGGCUAAAAUACCUAGGUCAAAAUCAACUGUGACUUGCUUGCAAACACCCCGUUUUCCUUCCCACCAGCCAUGUGUGUUGGUUUUUUGCACUGUCUUUAUUACAAAAGCUGUGGUGUUGGGAUUAGAAGCCAACUCUUCCAAAAAAGGUUUUUAAAACCAAUGGUCAUUAGAUUGUCCAGUGUUAAGUGAAAUGAGGUUAAUGUAAUAAAUGGUAUCACAAAUGUUACGAAAAAAAUGCAGUUAAUUAUUUGAUAUAAGGUGAUUUAUUUAUUUUAUCAAUCCUAUGAACAGGUGUUGUCUUUAGAUUCCAACACUCAGAACCAAGUCACCAAGCUAAGGUAAAAAUCAAUAAUGUUUUGCAUGAAUUAAAAUCAUAGGAAAAUCCACAUGCAGACAAAAACACUGAGGGUGGCAAUAACAACAGCAACAAUGACAACAACAAAUGUAUUUAUUUGAAGAAAUAUAAGGUUUACAAUACUUUAUGUCCCGCAAAUAACUAUAAUGCUAAUCUAGGCAGGACAAGACUUUAAAUAAGACGUUAUUAAAUUACAUAAAAAGAAAAGAAAAGAAAUACAAAAACAUACAGAACGAAACACCUUACAUAUAAAUUCAAGUACAGGGGAUUUUGUUAUUUGAAAAAGACUAAAAUUACAACUGGAGGUAUAUACAACAUAUCAGGUUAACUUCACUCUAUUAAAUAAUUAACAUUCAAAUAAUUAUCUUCAUUACCUAGAACAUUAAGGAGAAGUGAUUUAAUUUUUUUUACGAAAAUUAGAUAUGCAAUAACAAUUUUGGCCUCUUUUAAAAGUGCUAAUUACCUUUUAAGUCAUUUAUUUCUUAGUAUGGGUCUUCACACAUCUCUUUAUAAUUAGGCGAGAUUUGCUGCGACUGCUAGGUGUUGGAGAAUUUUCAGCAGAAGCCACUUUCAGAGAUCCUUGCUCCUCACUAAUUCUACCAGAGGUAAGCCAUCAUUGUCAAACUGUCGUUUUUCAAUUUUUAAGAACAAUAAUGAUUUAAAAUGAAGUUUUUUUUUCUUUUUAGUUUUUGCCCUUUGUGAGUAUUAUCCACAGACUAGUAAGUUAAGGCCACUUACGUUGCCUAAAUUACCGCAGGAUGAAUUCCUCGGUGUUUGACAUCUGAAUGCUCAUGCACACUCAAUUUUCGAUUUCUGGGACACCUGAAAAACCCUUGAAAAGAAGAAAUUCAGCUAAGAUUGCUUGAUUGAAAACUUGAAUUUUUUAAAAUAACUUGGUAUUACUAUUAAACUAGCUCAAAGAUUGGGAAGAAAUUCUAAAAUUUAAAAUUUUUGGAAAAACUUUUUUCUUUAAACAUGCUGUGAACUCCCUGUGAAAACUCAGUUGUUAUUGCUUGAAUUUGAUAACCUACAACAGUAUUGCAUGUACCCAUCAAAGUUUCUGCUUCUCUGAAGUUAAUAAUAUUAUAGCCUUGUGAAAACGGAUGGGCAAACUGUAGUUAGUUUAGAAGAAUAAAUCACAUUGCGUAUAUUUUAAAUUCGUGGACGCACUAGAGGUACAGACAAAAACUAUGCACUGAACAGAAUUUAUGCACUUCAAUGCAGCCAUCUGAAAAAACAAAAAGAAUCACAAUAAUUUUAUAAUAAUUAUCAUUUGUUGGAAAUUUCCCCCAACAGGUUAUUUGCCUCUCUUGUAACUCUUGCCGUGACCUGGACUUGUGCAGAGAUCCUUUUAUAACACCAGCAGAAGGAAACAAACCGUAUGUACAUGGAAAUAUGAUAUGCAUUUAAUUUAUGGCUGUCUAUUGUAUUAAUUUGGUUAUCUGCACCACUCUGCACCUCCCCUUCUCCAACCAACGUCAUUAUCUUCUUACCCCUGAAAAACUCAAUAAGAUUGUAUUCACCUGUGAAGACAAAAUUCUCUCAACCAAUUCUUUAAGGAAAUGUAUGGCGAUCAGUGGAGAAUUUGUAUUUGGAUUUUUGGAGCUUAAAGGGUUAAGAGACAGUUGAUUGUAGUUGUAAAUUGAAGCUUCUCCAAUUAAUUUGCCAUGUAGUGAUGGGAAUAAAUCAUACUUUGCAUAACAAUGUCUCUUUUUUCUACAGGGCUUGUUGUAGAUGCACAAAUUUAGAGUGUGGCAGUGAAUACGACAUGGACUUCAUAGAGAUUCAGUUGAUUGACAUGGUGCAAAAGCUGUCAAUGGCAUUUGUUCUCCAGGAUCUAAAAUGUACCAAAUGUCGUGGGGUAUGUUGAUAUUUGUGUACCAUCUUUAGUGGCUUGUCGUUUAUUACCUAUAAAAAAGCUUGCUUUUAGCUGGGUAUAUUGACAAUUGUGGACCUUAAAUGUUUGUGUUGACAUGAUACGUUUUUGGUAUAAUUUAUCUUUCUCUGUUGGUAAACCUCAAAUCAAGAAAGCUUAAAGAGUGGGCUCUGGCCAAGCUUACAUGAUGUGAGCUGUAAGGGGUCAUGAUCUAGUACAGUAUAUGAUUGUUAACUGCACAUUAAAGAAAGGAUUCUUUACAUACAAUGCACUUCUUUAAUGUUGGAAAAAGUUUUGUUGAAAAAGUGUGGGUGCCCAGUUUGUCCAGGGGGUUCCACUUUUGGCAAAGCCAUCCCCUAGACAGAGUUCUGCCCUCGCUGGCUGGCAAACCAGUGCCCUCCAGCCAUGAGCCCCCACGCCAAUGGAACCAGACGCCUGUCACACUGAUUUAUCGGUGGAAGAAUAAAGGUGGGAGGGGUGGGGGUAAAAGGAUGAUCCAAGGGCUAAAUAAAGGGAGUGACCGCCAGGAAAACAUUGCACUGAGCACACAGAGGUGAUGCAAGCAAGGCUGACCGCACUUGAGCCAAAUGACCGACCACUGACCACGCCUGUGCUCCUAGUUGUUAACUGUAUUAAAUAAAUAAUUAUUUUACUUCAUUUAUGCGUGAUAGAUAUCAGUGGUAAUGACCCAUUUUUUAUAUGAUUAUUUAUACAGGUAAAGGCAACUAACAUGGCAAGAUACUGUAGUUGUGCUGGUAAAUUUACAUACACAGUGUCUCUUGAUGACUUUUCUGAAAAGCUGAAGACCUUCAGAAAUGUGGCCAGGUAUUUGCACCCUAAUUUAAAACGAGUUGUGAUCUCAUCUUAGGCCAAAUGUAAUCAAAGCAAAAUAAUGUGGAGACUAUUAUAAAAAGUCUCAACUUGACUCAUUUAUUUCCAUAAACAGACUGCUUACUGAUCAUUUUAAAGAAAUUCAAGUGAUGGCCUCAUGGAUCAUUUUGUCUUCAACCUUCUGGUCCAGGUGGAAACAAACGUGGUGGUUUUUUUUGGGGGAGGGCUGGGCAGGGGGGGGGUAAGCAAAGAAGGUACAUUAUGGCAAAUCAUGUCCAUGGCAAAUCAGUGGGCUAAAGAUUUUGUGUUGGGCUAGUGAAAUAUGCCUGAUGGGCUUUCUCGGGAGUUCAAAUUACAGAAGAACUUUUUAAACCUUGAUCCAAAAAGUUUUUGCUCCAGUUAAAAUGACUUUUAGGCAAUCUGUUUUUAACUUUCCUUAUGGAAAUGGGCAAGAAAGUGUGUCCAAUAGCCAAUAGCACAGGGCUUUCUGUUGGGCUAGUGAAAUUCAAAUUCAAAUUACUGAAGAACUGUAUUUAAACGUGGUGAUCCAAAAAAUGUUUUUGGGUCCAGUUGAAAUGACUUUUAGGCAAUUACAUGCUAGCUACAGCUUGCCUGAAUGGUUAGCUGUAAAACUGACUUUCUUAGCACGCUGGGGAAAUGUGCAAAAUGGUGCAUAAAAACUGCUCUAUUGUUGUUUUGUUGCCUUCCUUGUGUACUUCUGGAAUGAACUUAUUUCUUUUUUUUGUUUCAGUCAUUACAACCUGUCACUACUAGAAGAAACUGUCAACUGGAUAAUGCAGAAGAAUCCUUACAUGUCAUAACAACAGGAAUUAUCAUAGGAAUUUUACCUAAAAGACUGAUUGCUCCACCAACUGACUUCUGUUAGAAAGUUAAAUUUUCCCCUCGCAUUGCUGUGAUUGAUUUCUUGUGAGGAAAAAAAAAAAAAGGAUUUUGGCAUGACACUAUGGGCCACUCAGGGCUAUUUCUUCACCAACCCCACCCCUAACUCGUCACGGGUUAUCCAAACAGUAUUUCUCUUUAGCUGAGUCUUUUCCCUUUAAGGACACAAAAUUCUUGUCUUAUUAAUCAUGUUAUCCCUAGGGCUAACAUUUCAGUACAAACACAGUUGUAUAAACUUGAAUGUGCGUCACUUCAAUGAUAGCCCCCUAAUUAGAUGUUCUUAGGGCUUUGUUACACAUUCCUCCCCCAUGCACGACAAAGCCCUAAGAACAUCUGCAUAGGAGUGUACUUUAAUGGCUGCCUGCUUUUAGAUGGUAAACACAUGUAGAAUUUAGUGAUACAUGUAUUUACCAGUUUUUCAAGGAAAAAAAUAUUGUUGUCUCAGAUUGCUUAAAUAUACUCCCAUCUAGGCUUUUGAAAGCUGGAAAAAAUAUCCCUUCUUUCAACAUGGAUAGAACUCUAAUAAUAAUAUUACAAAACUGUUGUAAAUAAAAAAAGAAAAUUGACGUUGUGAAACAGGGAAGAAGUUCAAUAAAUUCC